AUGGUGGUGAAACAGAUGCCUCAAUGGGAAAUCCACAGGCAGGACCUGAGCUCAACAGCAGCAAGUCUCCCCAUCUGUGAGUCCCAGAAACAGUCUGGUGCCUCACUGUCGCUCAUGGCUCUCUGCACCUCUGGAGAGAUACAAUGGUGGACUUUUCUCGCAGAAGACCUCUUCUUCAGACUAUUGCUGUACUCUUCCUUGGGUAAGGACUUCACUGCUUUCUCUCUCAAAAACAAAACAAAAACAAAAAUAAAGAAACCCCACCUAAAUGCAUGGAGGGGCACUGUGAGUUUGAUUUGUCAUGAAGGGGAAAAUUAUUGGCAAUAUUGGUUACUAGCACUCAGGGUCUCCUCUCCCCUGCUGGAACCUCCCCCUGGCUUCAAAGGAAUCUCCAACAGAACGCUUUUGAGAGUUUAAUCGUGUGUGUAUUAUUUGUUACUGAGCUGAACUUGGGGGGGACAAUCUGCGUGUAUGAUGAUGAAGGUGUGCAGUGGAGCGAAAUAAAAGCACAGGAUAUGAUGACUGCAAGUCGACCUCGUCUCUAGGGCAGAAAUGUUUUCCUGCAGGAUUUUGUCAGUCAUUAACUAAUACAAAAUAAAUGUCAGUUAAGAGCAAGCAGUGAAUUAGAGGAGCCAACCAAUGAGCAGGAAAAGGCGACUGGGGAUCUUGGUGGAACAGAGUCAGUUGCUUCUCUGAACUCUGUAUGAACUUAUCUUGGUUUCACGAAAAAUUGUGCAUAAUUAUUUUUCGUGAAACCACAUGCACGUGGUUUUUAUAUUGCUGCUUAGAAUAAUUUUUCACUGGGUUAGAGCUUUCUGUGUUGAGUUUUCAACAGACAUUUUGCACAGCUCUGAUUCUGCCUUGAGACUUUAUUACAACCAAGCAGUAUACAAAUCUUGUUAACUGAAAUAAAUGAACUUUUGUUCCUUGUGUAGGGAAAUUCUACUUCUUUUCAGAAUUUUUCCUUGUGACAAUUACACAGAGCCCAAUGUUCCCCAAAAUAUGACAAAGGGACAGCUUUGAAAAGAUUUAAGUGUUUAAUGGAUUGCUUUAUUUACAGAUGAAGUUCAGACCUCACGUUAUUUUAUUUUAAUCACCCAGACCAAUCUUCUCUCUGAGUUUUUCUUCAUCCCAGUUCCUGGACACCAGAUAGAUGCCUAUUGCUGGAGAACAAAGAGCACUUGAUUUUUGGAAUGUAACUUUGUUUUUUUGUUUUUUAAAAUGAUGUUUAUUGAGAAUUUUAAAGUUACAAAGAAAAAAGAAAGAAAAGACAAGAGAAGGAGAAAAAGAAAGAAAGAAGUAGAUAAACAUAACAAUUAAACAAUACAGAUCAAUAAAAACCAAAGUCAAAAAAAUAAUAUAACAAAACACACAAUACAUCUAAAUCAAAAAACAAAAAUAAACAAACAAUUAAAAAACAAGUCUAAUAUUCCCAAAUCCUUAACUUUCAUUAACUUAUUUCAACGACCUCCUCACACCUCCCUUUUUUGUAUUCUAGUUGUUAAUUAUCUCAGCAAAUCCUUUUCAUCUUUCACAAUAUUCUGUCAUUUAAAUCACCUUAAUCUAUUUUAACCUUAUCUUGCCUAAAAAACCCUAAAACUUAAAACUUAUAUAUACCAAAUUUUUUUUAACCAUAACAUAUUUUUUUAUAAUUCUUUUUGACAUUUCUGCUGCAGCCAAAUAAUUUCAUUCCAACAUUUUUCUAAUACUCAUUAAUUUUACAAUACUUUUCUAAAUAAAUUUUAAAACUUUCUUCCAAUCUUCAUCCAUCGUCUCUUCUUCCUGGUCUCGGGUUUUGUCAGUCCUUUCUCGUCUAUCUAAUCCAUCAACCUGGUGCUCUUAUGUCCGAGGCUCUUAAAUCUUUUCCAUGUCCCUUCUGCAGGUCUUCUUCUUGUUUAUACCUGCCCUUUACUUUAUCUUUUGUUGAUCUUUUUCUUAUUUUCUUUCCUUUCUCAUUGGGGGGUAGGUCUCGGGAGGACUCCAGAAGUAUCUCCAUCUCUCCUCAGCAGAUCAGCCCAUUCCCCAAAGUCCCAUUCCCCACAGUCAACACUGUAGUCCAGAAAGUAGUUAAAAGCAUGUUUCAAAGUCUUUCCAAAAUUAAGGGCCCUCACAACUCCAGACCCCCCUUGGUCCACUCCAGAUUCGAACUUCAAGAACAACGGCUUAUACUCCUGCAAGGCCUCGGGUCUCUCCAUUUGUGUUAUUUGAGGUUCAACAACAACCUCCUCCAUUUUCUUCUGCCCUUGCGCUUGCCCUAUCAAAACAGAUUCCUGGGCUGGUUCCUGAAUGGUUUCUAUAUGGGUAUUCACCGUUUGUCCAAAGUUUUUAACUGCAACAGUCAUCAAAUCCAUCUUCUCAUGCAUCUGCUCCAGCAAAGCACUUGUCUUGCAAAAAGCAAGCACCAAGACUUCUUGUAAACACAUUUUCCCCCCCAAGGUUAGAGUCUGGUCUCACGAUCCUAAUCAUACAGCUGUGAGGUCCCCAGAUCAGCUCCGGCAACAAAUUAACAAGCUCCCUCUAGAGGAGACAAUUUCUAUUUGUAUCCAUCUUUUAAAAGCAGGACCAACAAGGAAAAAUUACUUUCACUUUUCAAAUACUUUGUUUCUUUUGAUUGCAAGAAGCAACAUUGGAAUCAAUAUAUUUCUCUCUCUCUUUUUUUUUUAACUAUCUGUCAAAAGACGUUCCGUUCACAGUCAAUGAACUUUCCCCAUAAAUUUCUGUCUCUGACACCCCGUUCCCAGGUUUGAGACGGUGGAAAAUUUCUCUUUCUUUACUCUCUCUCCUGCAGGCUUAAACAGUCAAAAAUUCCCCUCUUUUCUCCUGCUUCCAAGAGGGGUUUUGGUGGUGAUGAAUGAAGGAAAUUUAGAACUUUAUAUACGACUUUCCAGACUUUAGCUUACAAAGUUUUUGCUUCGAUCUAUUUACAAAAAACGGGAGGCGGACUUCCUGUUUAGAACCUUCCCGUUUCGGUGCCAAAUUAAGAUAUUUCUUAAUACUUAAUCCAAUUUUCCAUCCUACUCACGGGUACUUGUUUAGAGUCCAAUUGUCCACAGGAAAAGGUCAGCGCUCUCCGGCAACGGCUGUGCGGCUUCACUCCGUAAAAGUAGCGGUUGAUUCAAAACACCGCGCCACUCACCCCACGUCGCUUCGGACCCCCGAAAAAGGGGUUCCCUGCGAGUAGGGGAGGCGCUCCUGGUGUCAGCCGAAUCCCACGUUCCCAGGCUUCCUCCGCCUGGGAUUUUUAAAGGGUCUCCACCUUCGCCGCGGCGGCAAGACCCGAUUUUCGCGGAGCGGGUUCCUCUCUGUCAGAGGAACUCCGCCAUUGCCGAUGGCGCUGUCCCGGAAGUCGAUUUUUGGAUUGUAACUUUGGACUUGUAACAAUGUCCUUCUCUUACAGUAAAGGACCAAGUUGUUUGGACAGCUAAGAGAAUGUAGUAAAUGUUUUACUAGUGAGUUGGGUAUUUCCAGUGCCUCAAUGUACAAUUCAGCAACAGUUACAAUUAAUAUUGGAUAUUGUAAACUUUCUUUUAUUUAGGUCCCAAAUACCUGAGAGACUAGUUUCACCUUCCUCAAACAUUUGGGGGGAGAGUCAGCCCAGGAGAGGACCUUCUUUGUGGCAGGCUGCUAAACUGCAGAUGUCCCUCUCCACAGAGAUGCUCCCGGCACCUUCAUUGCAGAGUUUCCAUUAUAUGUUGAAGAUUCACCCUUUCACCAUACCACUGACACCUACAAUAUGAUUUUUGGACCCUCCCUCUCACGUUUUAAUGCUGCAUUUUAAAUUGUUGUCACCACCUCUGGGACCUGAUGAUGGAAGAUGGAUAAGGAGCUCAAAACAAUAAUGAUACUAAUCUUCCCCUUUUAUAUCUCCUCCCCCACCACCCUCCUCUCACUAGAAACUUUAAGGCAUGUAGUGGGGAAUCCAACUCAUCAGCUGAAGGGAAUCCUGGGAGGAUCAGUCUUGUUUCCUGCCAGUGUAUCUCAAGGAAUAACAGUGGAGAAAAUGGAAUGGGACUUUUACCCCCAAAGUGGUAGCCUGGGCUUUUGGCUGGGGGAAUUCAGUCAUGGGAAACUGGAGCAACAAAGUCCCUCCGACCGGUUUGGACAACGGCUAGACAUGGUGGACGAGACAACACUGAGGAUCAAAGACCUGGAGUUGGAUGAUAGUGGGAUCUACAAUGUUCGCAUCUGGCUUACUAAGUCACAGUUUCAAGAACAGAGGUUCAGCCUCACUGUUUAUGGUAAGUUAUUGCGCUUCAAGGCCCCCAGGAUCCCACCCCCUUGAAAUAACUUCACACUGACACUUAUUUUAGUUUUUGGGCAAAUUUUGGCCACAACUUUAUUCAAUUCAACCAUGUGAGCGGUAUUGGCUUAGGCAUUGGCUCCAAACUAUAGCUGACUCCACCUUUCUGAUUGGUAGUCUAAAAGGGUAAACCAAACGAGGGAGCGACAUCGAUGAAGAGCAACUGAAGCUCACCCCAGGGUUCCUGGGGUCCUGGCAUGGCCCUAGCCCCCCAAGCAGACUUUGGACAGGAUCCAAAUACCCUGUUCCUGGAGGGGCAGGUGAUGGCCGCACCUCCCCUCCCCCACAUUUCAAUGAGCCAAUGCCUAACCGCCGCCUUGCAAGUUGUGACGAUUGCUGAGGGGGUAGGCGAAAACCAAGUGGCUAUAGCCAAUCUGCCAAAUGGAAAAAUUCCUACCCAACCCCUGUUCCAAAACAGGUGACCCAAACCAAAGCAAGGCCAAAGCGACACUGCCUAACACAAGGGAGCGAGGGCGGGUGUUCGGCAACGCAAAGCAAGUGCCCCCAAUUACAUCAUGCUGUCAUUCUUAACAGCCCCUGGGAUCAUGCCACCUCCAGGCGAUUGGCCCAGUCAGCCUGGCAGGAUCCCAGGGCUAUGGCUAGGGCUUGGGUUACACCCCUCCAACUAAAUUAACCCUUGGUGUGCCUUGAGUGCCCGUGCACAACCAGGACCCUCAAUUAGGAGGAUCCCAUUUGCUUUCACCGUUUGGCUCAUGGAAUGGGAUCAGCACCAUUUCCCUACAAAGGUACUGGGAGGGGUGGGACAAAACCCUUGUGCUGAUUUCAUUUGUGUUUCACAGAGCCAGUGCCAGCACCACAGAUACACUUUCAGGAAGUCUCCCAGACUUCGGAGGGAUGCAAUGUGACCCUGCAGUGCCAGGCACCUGGAAAGGAAGAGUUCAGUAUCUCAUGGAAAAGAGGGAAUCCGCCAAGGGCAUUAGGAAACAGCGUGUAUGAGUAUCAGCUUUCUGACAAUGGAAGGAAUCUCCGUGUUUCCUGGCGAAAAGACUCUUCGGACUCGGCAUUCACCUGCCUGCUUACUAAUUCAGUUGACCAAAAGAAUGCCUCCUUUGACUUGCUCAAAAUUUGCCCAGGUGAUGAUGGUGAGCAAGUGUGACCUAGUCAGUGUAUGGAGGAAUAGCUGCUUUUAAGUGGGAUAGUUCAGCUGGUAGAGCAUGAGACUCUUAAUCUCAGGGUUGUAGCUUUGAGCCCCAUGUUGGACCAAAGCUUCCUGCAUUGCAGGGGGUGGGACUAAACGACCCUCGUAGUCCCCUCCACCUCUACAGUUCUGUGAUUUGUAGAAAUGGUUGAGUUGCGUUUUGCUUCCUGGGUAUGUGAUCUUCUGAAUCUCUGUGUUUUACCUUAUUUUAUCAUGAAUGAAUUGGGCAAUUGUUGGUUGCAAUGCAGUUUGUAAAUGAAAAAUAAAAAUAAAACGAUAGGGGGAAAUGAAAUGCAAACCGAAAUGAUGGACCUAAACUCUGUGACAAAGAAAUCCAAUAAAGUCAAUACAAAUGGAACAGACUGGCACAUUUGCUUAGCCUUCCAAGUCAUGCAGGAAGGUCACUUUGGUGGUUGUUAUUCGAGAAUAUUUCAAGAGACUCUCUUUACACAUUGCAGGUGUACAGGUCGGACGCCAGAGACAUCACAGUAUCUCCAUUGCAGUUGUCAUGUUGCUGAUCAUCAUGGUGGUGCCAGUGAUGUGGAUGUGGAUGAGGAGGAAGCGAAAAUCCAAAAAGAAGGAAAGAGGUAGGGCCAUCUCUUUCAGUCUGGUUCCUGCCUCACCUGGGAUGGAGGCUGCUUGUCAAAUACACCUUUACUUUACUUUUGCUUAUUUUGAGAGGCAGAAGUGGGUCCAUGCCAUGGAAUAAAUAAUAUGUCUCUUCAGAUAUUCACUCAUUGAUACUAGAGGACUUAGAGAGCUCUUCUGCACACCGGAACUCAGCAAGAAAUCCACAACAAGAUGGUGAUAAUCAGGUGAGAUGAGCUCGUGAAGUGGUGAAGGGAUGAUGGUUCAAUCUAAUAAUUAUACACACAAAACAGAUUACCAGCAGGCAAGAAGACUAAGCCACAGCUACCGCUCUCCAUUACCCAACUCACUGAUCAACAGGUUGGUUGGUUGGUUGGUUGGUUGACUGAUUGAUUGAUUUAAAUUUAUAUCCUGCCCAUCUGGCUGGGUUUCCUCAGCCACUCUGGGUGACUUACAACAUAUACAAAAACCCAACAAAGCAUCAAAUAUUGGGGGGAAAUCCUAUACAAGCAACCAACAAACCAAUAAAUCAAUAGAAACCAACAACAACAACAACAAUAACCAACAGUUUGCAGUUACAGUGGUACCUCGGGCUACAGAUGCUUCAGGUUACAUACGCUUCAGGUUACAGACUCCACUAACCCAGAAAUAGUACCUCGGGUUAAGAACUUUGCUUCAGGAUGAGAACAGAAAUCACAUGGCGGCGGCAGCGAGAGGCCCCAUUAGCUAAAGUGGUACCUCAGGUUAAGAAUACUUUCAGGUGAAGAACGGACCUCCAGAAUGAAUUAAGUUCUUAACCCGAGGUACCACUGUAUACCCAAAUUAAAGUAACUGCCACCUCCAACUAAACAUUUAACCAACACCAACCCAACAAAAAUGAAACAGAGGAACCAAAAUUAGAACCGUUUAGAACAUUUUAGAACAUUUUAGCCAGUUGCCCCAAUCCAAGAAUUGUUCCAGCAAUGUCCCAGUGGCCUCCCAGGACCCUCUUUUAGCUGUUCAAGGUGAGUCUGGGCCCCAUUCCCUAGGCCAGGGGGAAAUGGGAAAUUUAUUAUGGCAUAAGGCAGGGGUAGGCAACCUAAGGCCCAGGGACCGGAUCUGGCCCAAUCGCCUUCUCAAUCCGGCCCGCAGACGGUCCGGGAAUCAGCAUGUUUUUACAUGAGUAGAAUGUGUGCCUUUAUUUAAAAUGCAUCUUUGGGUUAUUUAUAGGGCAUAGGAAUCCGUUCAUUUUUUUCUUCAAAAUAUAGUCCGCUCCCCAACAUGCUCUGAGGGACGGUGGACUGGCCCAUGGCUGAAAAAGGUUGCUGACCCCUGGCGUAAGGCAUUAUAAUGACAUUUCACCUGUAUUAUGGCAUAGGUUUUUGUGAACAAGAAUCCAGUUCAUAUAAUUCAUGAAGGAGAGGGAGGCAGCCUCUGAAAAGAGCCAGUUCCCAUCAGGGGAACAUGCAUGCACAGUCAAACUGAGCAGGAUUAAACCCUUCUCUCGCCCACUGAUGAGCAGAGCAUUUGAUCCUUCUGGCUGCAGGAUUCUGCUUCUUCACAGCGAAAGGUGCAUAUAGAACAGUUUCCAACAGGAUUGCAGUCUCCACUCAGCAGCUGCUCUGGGUGCCUUCUAAAAUGCUAAUUGUAUCAUCAAUUCCAACUGGAAUAUGAAACAACAAGUGAGACAUGGACCUUGACUUUAAAAAUGUCACUGCCAGCAGAAGCAAACUGCCUCCUUUUGUCUGCUAAAAAUGGACAACUACACCCCAACUUAGCAUGAGUGAUCCAGGAACCUGUACAACCAAAUGCUAACCCAAAAUGAGUGGAAAUAUUGUAUAGAGAAGGUGUCUGUGAUCUUUCUUAGGGCACCAUUGGGCUUUGCCAGAACCCCUUUCUUCCCCAAGUUUAUUUAGGUGGGUACAAAUCCUCAGUGACAUUUUAAAGUAGCUGCAUCUGAAUCUCUCCUGUCAUGUUCUAUAGCUGAUUCUGGUUCUCUCUGCUCCUGCAGGUUUUCUGGGACAGAACGGAAGUUUCAACGAGUUCCCCACCACCCUGGAAAUCCUGUCCUUCUAUCUGUUCUGACUCUGUAUCAGACCCAGAAUCUUCAGGGAAUGAAGCCAAGGACCUGGAGGAGAAGGCACCCCUCUUGAAGACGGUGCUAGAGAUCCCAUUAAGGGACCAUCAGGGGAGAGAACCACCAAAGACCCCUCCUGGCCAUCAGUACUGGCGGAACCAUACAUACCCCAACACAAAACAGUGCCGGCAACGGCGCCUGGAUUCCAUUGUUCAAUUAACUGGACAAGGGUCAAAGCUGCCAACUAAGUAUAUUAAUUAAGGUCAUUAGUAUAACAAAGGAAGCUGCUUAUGCCAGAGGGCAAAUGGGUCGGCCCCCUCCCUCACCUGGCUGGCAGUGAGAAAGAGUUGAGUGUGUGUGAGCUGGGCUAAAAACAGGCACUUUUGAACAUUUUUUUCAAUUCAUUAUGGAUCAUUUCCCAAACUCUUUUACCCUUUUACAGGUCCACCACAUAUGAAAGAACGUUCCCUCAACCUCAUUGCAUCUCCAGUGCAGAUAAUCACUUAUCUGAUUCAGUCUUAUACAUCUUAGCAAGUCUACUCAGAGCUAAAUACCAUCUGCAAAUCAUUUUCAAAUAAUUAUCCUUCAAAGAAUAACAUGCUGAAAACUUCAGAUCGUUCUUCCAAAGUUUUUCCCAAAGAUUAAAAUCUAUGUUGUAUCCUAUAUCUAUUGCUCCAUGUGUCAUAGCAGCUUUGACAAGCUCAUCUUUUGUUUCCCAAUCUAAUAACAGAUUGUACAUUUUAGAUAAAAGUUUUUCUUUGUUUUGUAUAAGUUAUUUUUCGAAUUGUGAGCUUUGGUCCAAAAAAAACACAUUUCUUCUAUGUCAAACAUUUCAUGUCACUGAUUAUAUUGUAGCCAUAACAAGGCUCCUUAUACUUUCCACUGAUUUCAGUUUAGGUUCCCCUCUGUAGAAAUUAAGAGAUUAUGAAGAAAUAAAAGAUCAUUUUCAGAGUUGGUUACAGUAUUGGCAACUACAUGAAAAGUUGUGAGAGCCUCUCUUCUGAGUUCUGGUGUGCAAUAAAAUUUUGCCCCUUCUCUGAAGCCUACGGACAAUUUCUGUGGAAUGUAACAUGAGAAACAAUAUUUAUUCCAUGACACUGACCUAAUUCUGCUUCUCAUGAUAAACACAGUAAAGGUAGAGGCAUAUUGGUAGGGAGCCCCAAUCCCAGGUGAGAUGAGAAGAAGAUUAAUAGAGAUGGUUCUACCUCCUUGAUGCCUUUUUCUCCACUGGCAUUUUGCCACCACAAUCACAAUUCCCAACAAAAACAAAACUGCAGAGAGACCAGAAAUAAGAUACAGGAUCUUCUGGGUUCCAGUAUGUUCACCUGCAAUGUGCAAUAAGAGACUCUUGAAAAUGCUUCAAUAGCAACAAGCAAAGUGAUUAUCUUACAUGAGAGAAGCAGAAUGAAUGAAAUGCCAGGACAGACUUCCAAAACAAAAAUACCUUCCGUUAGGAUACAAGAAGCCAGUGAGAUGAAGGCAAGACAUGAAAAGAGGUGUUGAAACAGGGGCAGGAAAUGUGUUGCUCUCCAGAUGUUGCUGGACUCCAGUUUCCAUCAGCUCCAGCCAGCAGGCCCAAUGGGCAGGGGUUAUGCUGCUGGGUAGAGUCUGGCAGCCUCUGCAAGUCACCACGCUGGCUACUGGGUGGUGUAGCCAUAAGGCUGGAUCCAGAAUUACAGCACAAUCCUGUGUGCAGUCAGACAUUGCUGCAGCCUUCACUUUGGCCUGCUCCAAAUGUAAUUUAUUUACCUAGGGGUAGGAGGAGGAGGAAGAAGCAGAAGCAGCAAUUCAGAUGGGUCAGGGCAAUCUUCAAGCAGGACUGGAUUUGCUCUAACACUGGUCAACAAGCAUGUGAGGAGGGGUGCUUGCAUAUAUGAAUGUCUCUCCUUGAAUCCCCAUAGGGUGUAAGCAAUAUAAGAGCCCAAACAGCAACUCCGCAUAAAGAUACAUUGCUCACCUCCAAUACUUGAGCAGAUGUGAGACAAGUCAAAUGAGGCUCUCUUUUCACUGACAGGGUUGCUGACCAGGCAAGUGAAUGUGGAGUCAAUAGGUAUGGUCUUCCAGGAGACAUUGAGCUGCCUCCCACUUUCAGAAAGCUGGAACUCAUCCAGGCUGCUUUCUAAGGCCCUGGGGGAAUUCCCUCUUUCCCAGGAGACCUUGAGUUCUUCCCUUCCAGGUGUCUGACAUUGCAGGGUCACAUUACAUCCCUCUAGAGUACUGGAUACCUCUUGAUGGAGCACCUGUGGUGUUGGCACUGGCUCUGUUGAAGACAGUUGAAAGCAACAGAAAGUUUGUGUCCCACCCAGUACCUAUGUUGUAAAUUGUGCUGAUCCUAUUCCAUGAGCCAAACAGUGAAAGUAAUAACUUACCAUAAACAGUGAGGCUGAACCUCUGUUCUUGAAACUGUGAUUUCAUAAACCAGACACGAGCAUUGUAGAUGCCACUGUCAUCCAACUCCAGGUCUUUGAUCCUCAAUGUUGUCUCAUCCACCAUGUCUAGUCAUUGUUCAAACUGGUCGGUGGGACUUUGGUGCUCCAGUUUCCCAUGACUAAAUUCUGAAAAUUAGUAUCAUUAUCAUUUUGAGCUCCUUAUCCAUCUUCCAUCAUAAGGUCCCAGAGCAGGUUGCAACAAUUUAAAAUGCAGCAUUAAAACGUAAUAGGAAGGGGCCUAAAAAUGAUAUUGCAGGUGUCAGUGGUAUGGUGAAAGGGUGAAUCUUCAACAUAUAAUGGAAACUCUGCAAUGAAGGUGCCGGGAGCAUCUCUGUGGAGAGGGACAUCUGCAGUUUAGCAGCCUGCCACAAAGAAGGUCCUUACUUUUUGGUUCCAUCUUUGUUUUGUUAUUUCUUCUCCUCAGCCUUCAUCAUACUGUGGGAUGAGGUGGAAAGUUUUUGAGAAGCUUGAACUUGUAUUUAGUCUCAAGGGGCAGAAGAUCUCCAGGUGUCAUGUUUCAAAAGGAGAGAGAGAGAGAGAAGUUCAACAAGUGGGGCAGGAUCCCAGCUUCAGCACCACCCAUAUCCACCCCAGAGUGGCUUGCUCUCCCCCUGAAACUCUCAAAAUAAGCUGGGCUAGAGAUCCUGGAGGCACAUUUACCCACAUAGACCUUCCCUGGUGUCCACAGGGUCCCAUCUCCCCUCCCCUCCAUUUUAGCAAAGCAAUUUUACUUAAUUCAACACAUUAUGUUUUAUUUUCACUAAUGCUUGUAUUGCUUGGUACACCUUAUGAUUAAUGCAUACAAAACAUUCAUGCACUGAUGUGCACACAUUUUCCCAGUACAUGCAUGUUUGUACAUAUUAAUCGACUGCUAAACAGCAAAGCAAAAUUCAGACAAGUGUGGAUUUCAUCUGUCAUGGAUGGUUUAGCUAAUAUUCCUUCAUUGAAGGGGGUUGGACUAGAUGGACCCUUGGAAGUCAUUCGAAAUCCACAAUUCUAUGAUUCAAACUAAAUGUUAAAAUCAACAGGGGGUUACUAAACAUAUACACAGAAAAGGUAAUGCCUCAAGUCGUCAUAGUGUAAAAUAAAAGAACUGCAACUUGUAUUGAAUUUCUGUGUGGGCACCUGGUGCGCAUUUCCUGUUUUAGCUCACAGCUUUCUUAGCCUGGAUGACUGUGGACAAGCUUGUCAGUUACUUCACACAGUUUCCCUCUUAGAGGGAGCUUUGGGGCUGCAGCUUUUCUUAUGCCUGAGAAUAAAAGCAGGAGCCACGUGAUCCUUCUCUCCUUUGGCCCAUGGAUCUUCUCUUCCCUGGGUAAGUCCCUGGGUAGAAAAAGCUGAAUGCAUAGGGCAGGCUUCCCCAAACUGGGCCCUCCAGAUGUUUUGGGACUACAACUCCCACCAUCCCUAGCUAACAGGACCACUGGUCAGGGAUGAUGGGAGUUGUAGUCCCAAAACAUCUGGAAGGCCCAGUUUGGGGAAGCCUGGCAUAUGGUGACAAUCUAUAGGUUUGCUUGGUCAUAAAGGGGAAAGAAACUGACAGUGCUGAGCUCAUCUAAAGAAUAGGCCCCCUCCCUGAAAGCUCCCCGCCCCAUCUCAGGGUCAAUGUGUUUGGGCACCUGCUGUGGGCUCACAUUCCACUGACAAGAGCCCCCACCCCACCAGACCUUCUCCUUUCCACCACAGCUUUCUCAUUCUGGCCCAAACAGUAAUGGUGGGUGUCAUGGGCCCAGGGGGUUUGGGGGCGCUGGCCAGAUGAGGCUGGUGACAUGGAGGAGACACCCCAGAGGGCCUGGCUAGACUUCAUAGAAAUCUGCGCAUCAGAUGAAGGCGGAAGAUAGAGAGCCCAACUGUAGGUUGGUCCAGAGCCAAUGAUAGGUUGAGCCAGUGCUUUUUUUCCUGCGGGGGAUGCAAGGGUACGCAUACCCCUAAACAUUUUAUGAAUCUUUGUACUUUUGUCCAUUUACUGUAUUUAUUUUUCCUGAUUUGAACUAUAAAAUGGUGAUUAUUUUGAGUCAAAAUGAGAGUACCCCUAAACAAAUAUUUUUAAAAAGCACUGGGUAGAGCCAACUAAUUCUAGUUCUCUCACUGCCUGCCCUACUGAGAACUACAAGAGGAACACAGAUACUAAGGAGGAAGGGUCAAGUGGGAGUAGAAAGUAAAAAAGGAAAACAGGUGGGGAAUGGUUAAGGACAGGCGGACGCUGUCCUAAGGGAGGGAACAGUCUCCACUGCUGUGAUGUGUUGCUGCACAUUGCAACCUUUUCUCUUCUUUGCAAGGGUUUAGCUUCAGGACUCUGAAAGGUUGGUGGUCUCCAGAUGUGAGUGAGAAUCAAACACCUUUUCUUAACAGAAACCUUUAACAGGCAGGUGUAUAACACAGAGAGAAACACCCUGAGCUUGCAACUCUUUCUCCUCCUCCACCCAUCCUUGCUUGGAAUUACCUUUGUACUUCUACAAUGUCCUUCUCUGAUGCUUCCUGGUUUAUUAGGGGAGGAACAAAGAGCACAGACAGCCUUCCUGGUAUAAAUAGGAUGAGGAGGAUCCGAAGCGAUGGGAAGCGAGAAGACGGAUGGGAUGAUGAUUGUGUUCCAAAGUUCACAACUCUUGCGAAAAACUCUGUACUCAGGCUACGCCUAUAAAAUGGAUGAACCGGCUUACUUUAGAGCAACUAUCCUGUGCAGACUAAUGAAGCUGUCCUUCUCAGGGUGGUGAAACAGAUGCCUCAAUGCCCAUAAGCAGGACCUGAGCUCAACAGGCACAAGUCUCCCCAUUGGUGAGUCCAAGAAAGGGGCAUUCUGGUGCCCCACUUCCGCUCAUGGCUCUCUGCACCUCUGGAGAGAUACGAUGGUGGAUUUUUCUCACAGAAGACCUCUUCUUCAGACUAUUGCUCUACUCUUCCCUGGGUAAGGACUUCACUGCUUUCUCUCUCACUCACUCAGAAACCACAAGUAACCCACCUAUAUGCAUUGUUAUGAAUAGAUAAAUUUUUGGCAAUAUUGGUUACUAGCACUCAGGGUCUCCUCUUCCCAUCUGGACUCCUCCCAGAACACCCAGGCUGGCUUCAAAGGAAGCUCCAAAGGAAGACUUUUGAGAGUUUAAUUCUCUGUGUGAUAUUUGUUACUGAGCUGAAAUUGGGGUGGGACAAUUUGUGUGUAUGAUGAAGGUGAUCAUCUCCCCUGAAGGUGUGGAGUGGAACAGAAUAAAUGACAUGCUGGCAGCAAGUCACCCUCAUUUCUAGGGCAGAAAUGUUUUCCUGUGGGAUAUUUUCCUAUGAUGUGUCAGUUAUUCACCAGUACAAAAUAAAUAUCAGUUUAGAGCCAACAGUGAAUUAGAGGAGCCAACCAAUGAGCAGGAAAAGGCAACUGGGGAUCUUGGUGGAACAGAGUCAGUUUUCCCAAAAUUUAACCAAUGGGCAGAUGAUCCGCAAAACAGAUGUUCCCCAAAAUUUGACCAAUGGGCAGCUUUGAAAAGAUUUAAGUGUUUAAUUGAUUGCUUUAGAUACAGAUGACGUUCAGACCUGAGCCAUGAGCCAACAAUGUGACGCAGCAGCUAAAAAAGCCAAUGCAAUUCUGGGCCUCAUCAAUAGGAGUAUAGCAUCUAGAUCAAGGGAAGUAAUAGUGCCACUGUAUUCAGCUCUGGUCAGACCUCACCUGGAGUACUGUGUCCAGUUCUGGGCACCACAGUUCAAGAAGGACACUGACAAACUGGAAUGUGUCCAGAGGAGGGCAACCAAGAUGGUCAAAGGUCUGGAAACGAUGCCUUAUGAGGAACGGCUAAGGAGCUGGGCAUGUUUAGCCUGGAGAAGAGGAGGUUAAGGGGUGAUAUGAUAGCCAUGUUCAAAUAUAUAAAAGGAUGUCACAUAGAGGAGGGAGAAAGGUUGUUUUCUGCUGCUCCAGAGAAGCGGACACGGAGCAAUGGAUCCAAACGACAAGAAAGAAGAUUCCACCUAAACAUUAGGAAGAACUUCCUGACAGUAAGAGCAGUUUGACAGUGGAAUUUGCUGCCAAGGAGUGUGGUGGAGUCUCUUUCUUUGGAGGUCUUUAAGCAGAGGCUUGACAACCAUAUGUCAGGAGUGCUCUGAUGGUGUUUCCUGCUUGGCAGGGGGUUGGACUCGAUGGCCCUUGUGGUCUCUUCCAACUCUAUGAUUCUAUGAUUCUAUGACCUCACACUAUUUUAUUUCUAAACUUUAUACUUUUUUAAAAAAAAAAUAUUCUGGGCCAAUCUUCUGUCUGAGUUUUUCUGGAUCCCAGUUCCUGGACACCAGGACUUGGAAUGUAACUUUGGGCUUGUAAAAACUUCCUUCUCUUAUACUAAAGGGCCACGUUGCUAAGACAGCUAGGAGAAUGCAGUAAAUGUUUAACUAGAGAGAGUUGGGCAGUUCCAAGUACAAUGUACAAUUCAGCAACAGUUAAGAUUAAUCUUGGACAUUGUAAACUUCCUUGGAUUUUGGUUCCAAAUACCUGAGAGACUACUUUCUUCCCCAUAGUCCAUCUCAGCUGUUAAAACUAGGGGCACUCUUGGUAGUUUCACCUCCCUCAAACAGUUGGGGGAGUGCCAGCCCAGGAGAGGACCUUCUUUGUGACAGGCUGCUAAACUAUAGAAGUCCCUCCCUACAGAGUUGCACCCGGCACCUUUAGUGUAGAGUUUCCAUUAUAUUCUGAAGAGUCACCUCUUCUCCCUACCAUUCACACCUACAAUAUCAUUUUUGGACCCUCCCUCUCACGUUUUAAUGCUGCAUUUUAAAUAGUUGUCACCUCCUCUGGGACCUCAUGAUGGAAGAUGGAGAAGGAGCUAAAAACGAUAAUGAUACUAAUUUCCCCCUUUGUUUGUAUCUCCUCCCCCACCACCCUCCCCUCACUAGAAACGUUAACCCAUGCAGUGGGGAAUCCAACACAUCAAGUGAAGGGAAUCCUGGGAGGAUCAGUCUUGUUUUUUGCCAAUGGAUCUGAAGGAAUAAGAGUGGAAAAAAUGGAAUGGGACUUUCGACCCCAAAGGCGUGGCCUGGGCUAUUGGUGGGGCAAUUCAGUCAUGGGAAACUGGAGCACCGAAGUCCCACUGGCCGGUUUGGACAACGACUAGACAUGGUGGGCGAGGCAACACUGAGGAUCAAAAACCUGGAGUUGGAUGAUACUGGAAUCUACAAUACUCGUAUCUGGUUUACUAAGGCACAUUUUCAAGAAAAGCGUUUCAGCCUCACCGUUUAUGGUAAGUUACUGCUUUCACUGUUUGGCUCAUGGAAUAGGAUCAGCACCAUUUUGCAACAUUAGCACUGGGAGAGGUGGGACCCAAAAUUUAUGCUGUUUUCAUUUGUGUUCCACAGAGCCAGUGCCAACACCACAGAUACACCACCAAGUGGAAUCCAAGACUCCAGAUGGAUGUAAUGUGACCUUGCGAUGCCUCACACCUGGAAGGGAAGAUCUCAGUAUCUCCUGGGAAACAGGGGGUCCACACAGGGCCUUAGGAAAGAGUGUGAAUCAGUACCAGGUUUCUGACAAUGGCCGGGAGCUCCGUGUCUCCUUCUGGAACAGUUCUUUGGGCUCCAAAUUCACCUGCCUGGUCAGCAAUCCUGUUGAUCAAAAGAGAGCCUCCUUUGACUUGCUCAACAUCUGCCAGAGUGAUGAAGGUGAGCAAUAUAUCCUUUCCUUCAUUAUCCAGAGGAGGUCUUUGUGGUGGCGAAAAGGCAGGCUAGCCCUUAACAUGAGGGGUUUGUAUUAAUAAAUGCUGCUUUUUGAGUGCUUGUGAGCAGAAAUGGAGCAUACACAGAGCUCCUUGAAGACUGAUCUGAUCCUGUGAAUUGCUGCUGCUGCCCCCAUCUUCACCUUUUCCUGCCUUAAGAAAUGGAUUCAGAGCAGGAAAGUGUUUCCGACAGGCAUUCACAGCCCAAAUCAUUGCAAUACAAAGGGGAAAGAUUAGAAACACGUGCUUAUCUCUUGUUAUUUAUUCUACUGCUCUCAGCCAGGUGUGAGCAUGAGGCUCUGAGUCUUGGGAUCAUGGGAUCAAGCCACAUCUUGGGCCAAAGAUUCCUGCAACACAGAGGGAUGGACUAGAUGACUCUAGUUGUCCCUUCCAACUCUACAAUUCUAUGAUUCUGUGAGACGCAUUCUGGCAAUUGUUAUUAGAGUAUGUUUUGAGAAACUUAAACUUAAGAAAUGGAUUCAGAGCAGGCAAGUGUGUCUGGCAGGGCAUUCACAGUCCUGAAUGGGACAGAUCAGCAACACUUGCUUAUCUCUUGUUAUUUAUUAUGCUCCUCUUGGCCAGGUGUGAGCAUGGGGCUCUGAAUCUCGGGGUAAUGGGUUCAAGCCACUCCUUGGGCCAAAGCAUCCUGCAAUGCAGGGGGUUGGACUAGAUGACUCUAGUUGUCCCUUCCAACUCUACAAUUCUAUGAGAGUCAUUCUGGUGUUUGUUAUUGGAGUAUAUUUUGAGAGACUCUUAUUGCUCAUUGCAGGUGGACAAUUUGGACUCUUGAGUUGGAGUCCAUUGCUUAUCUCUUCUGUCAUAGUUCUUCUGGUGAUAUUGGGGAUGGAGAUGCGCUGGAAGAUCAUAUUUAAAAGGCGUAGAAGAGGUAGGACCAUCUCUAUGGAUCUUCUUCCCAUCUCUCCUGAGAUGGGGGCUUCCUGCCUAAUAUACAUCUACCUUUCUUUUGCUUAUCCUGAGAGGCAGAGACUGGUCAGUGCCAUGGACUCAAUAAUGUGUCUCAUAUUGCACUCUACAGGUGAUCUCUCUGUGAACUCAAAGAGGAGCCACACAGAAGAUGGUGAUUAUGAGGUGAGAUGAUCGGUGUGCAAAGGAAUGAAGGCGUCAUUGGUAGAUAAUAACAAUGAAAGUAUCUGAUACAUUUGGGAUGAAUUUAUUACGUUAUUAUUAUUAAAGUUGCAAUCUGUUAUUUUUAAAGAAACAACAGUAAACGCAACAAGAAACAGAUUUCAAACAGGCCAGUGGCCCGAUAAUAAAUGGCCAUCAAUUUGGCACAACCCGUCCCUACGAACCAUCUCUGCUCGUCUGCAGGAGGCUUCUCUUAAAAUUACCUUUCGCUGGCACAGGACUUCAUCACAUCGAGCCAAAAUAUACUCUAGCAUCUCUCCCUUAUGCUGGAAAGGCUCAUAGUUCCAUUUAUGAUGGAGCUCCAUGUUGUAAUACUCCUUUUUGGAAAAGGUGUUUCACGCCGUUUCCAAAAUUACGCAGCAAUUCCUUCCUUGCCUUGUUAACAUUAGACUCAAAUUUAAACAAUAACUUUAAAUGCAGAGACUUUGUAUUUUUACAAUUAUCAGAAGCCUAAUAGCAAGAGGCCAAUACUGGAAACAACCUAUAGAAAUCCCCACUGAAAUCUGGGUAAAUAACAUUUGGAAUGUGGCUCUAUCUGAACGUCUUACUCACCAUAGAAGGGUAAUUAAAGGCACUUAAUAGACACUUUUGGCGAGACUUUGCUGCCAUUCUAUUCCUUUAUAAAAUGAGACAGAGUAUACUUUUAUUCCACACACAGCAUAAGAAUCUCUAAGGAGAGGAUACUUGAACUGACAAUGCAUAAGUAAAUGUAUUGUUUGUGUACUGUGUGCUGCACAUGAAACUUAAUAAGAAUGUACCAUUGGACAAGUUAUUGUAGUUACAUGUUGUCCUUGUAUUUACAUUAAACCAAUAAAAAAUUAUUUGGAUUAAAGAAACCAAAAACAGGCCAAUGACCCAAAACUCCUGAUCAAAAGACCUAACAAAUGAAUUAUGGCACAAGGGGAGGCAGGCAGCUUGUGCAAAGAUCCUGUUCCCAUCAGGGAAACAUGCAUGCCCUUUAGCAUGAAUAAAGUGAGCAGAAUUGAACCCUCCCCUCUCCAGCUAGUGAAUGGAGAAUCCAGCCCUCUGGACACAGGGCUCUGCUUCCCACUUCCUCCCCCCAGUGAACCCAACAGGAUUGCGUUCUCCCCUCACCAGCUGUUCUGGACUCUCCCCAAAAUACUAAUUUUAUCCUUUUAUCAGUGAUAAUAACUGAGUGCUGAAGAAUGGAAAUGACAUAUUUUUGUCAAUUCCAAAUGGCCAAUUCCACCCACUCUCUUAGGGACUUAGUUAUGGCAUGUUCUCCAGUGGAACUAGAAAGCAAGCCCUAAAGGCUGGAACAGAGGUGCAGGGAAGAUGCAAAUGGGUAUCCUUUCUUAGAGAACUCUGGACCUGGACGGGACUUUAAUUUUCUCCAGGGUUCAGGUGAGCCCAGAUGCCCAGAAAUUCUUUUAGGAGUUGAAUCCCCAGAGUCCCACCUGUCAUAUUUUUUCUCCAAUGCAGAUUGAACACUGCAUCCCACAGAUCAACAUGGGAGAUCAGGCACAUCUCCUGCAGCCACUGCCAAGGAAUUCAUUGAAGGUUCCUCAGGGGAAAGACCCAUUGAAGAUGUCUGAAAGCUGCCAGUUGAGUCGGAGCUACAGCCUACCCAGCACCUUUAAACACUCAUCCCAAGAGUCCCGUGACCAGGCCAAAGGGCAACAUACCAACACUUAUCCAGUGACUGUGGAUGGGGUCUCCCUGGGAGCAAGGAAACUCAGGAAUGCCAGCACCAGCACCUGCAAGAGUAUUUAAGGCACUCCUCUUCAGCCUUGCUGUUGAUGGAAACAGCAUAGGAAAGAUUGAGUGAGUGAAGAUAUUGUGAGGAGAACCUGAGCUUACAGGGUUAAACAGCUCAGAGUGUACGCUCUGCGUACUGUGGAAAGGAGGGGGGAAAUGCUGCGUCAUUUCCGAGAGGCUAAAGCCUUUGUUCUCUCUCUCUACUUUCGCUUUUGAGGAGAGAGGACGUGUUUUCGCGAUGCUGUUCGCUGUGAUAGAUAAUGGAUAGCCUGCUGUAAAUAACGCUGCUUUUAGCUGCUAAGAUCCUGUGUGGACUUUAUUUAAGCACACUGAAGAAUGCACUGGAGUGUUUUGCAGCUUCCUCUAGCCGCUGUUGAUCUCAACUCUGCUAUGCUCAGAAGUAUCGGAUCUUUGGAAUGCAGAGGCCCGCGAUGGGGAAGCAUGCCGGACCUCAGGCUUAUCUGAGCAAUAAAUCAAUUUAUCUAACAGAUAUAAAUCAGGAACAGGGGAGGCAGAGAGAUAAAAAUCUGCAAUGGAUCAAGAAAUGCAUAAAUAUCUACAUCAGGAAGAAGCAUGGGAGCAGCACCUCCUGUUUGCCAAGAGGUCCCUGCAGAGGCAACAUUGAAGGCCAACAUUGCCAAGGAGAUGGAAGAGCUGGCCUCAAUGCUGAUUGAACUCUGCAUCCCAUAGACCAACCUUGCAGGCUGACUCGGACAGAGAGGAAUUCUUGAGCAGUUCCGCACUACCCAGGGAAUCCUUUCUUUCUCUUGGUUCUUAUGCAGUCUUAGACACAGAGCCCUCAGAAAUUCCACACUGCAUCCCAACAUGAGACAUCAGUAACAUCUCCAGGAGCCACUGCCAAUGAAUUCAUCGAGGGUCCCUCUGUUGAAAGACCCAUUGCUGAUCUCUCAAUGCUGCCAGUUGAGCCGGAGCAACAGCCUCCCCAGCAGCCUUAAACACUGGCCCCCAAAGUCCUGUGACCAGGCCAAAGAGCAAGAUACAAAGACUUAUCCAGUGACUAUAGUUGGGUCUCCUUGAGAGCCAGGAGUCCCAGAAAUGCCUUCAUCACUGCCAGCAACCAGCGUAUAUAAGGCACUCCUCUUAAUCCUCUUGAGCUUUACUCUUGCUGGAAACAGCACAGGUCUCUGGCUCCUGGAACCCAGGCGCCUUGCCUUGCCUCUCUAUUCCUACUUUGCUUGGACUCUGGUUAACACUUUUAUAUACGUGUGUGUGUGUGUGUGUGUGUGUAUCUGAAGAAGUGUGCAUGCACAUGAAAGCUUAUACAUAGAACAAACUUAGUUGGUCUCUAAUGUGUUACUGGACUAUUUUUAUUAUUAUUAUUAUUUUGACUGUGUCAGACCAACACGGCUACCUACCUGAAAACAGAAAUUUCCACCCUCCCUUCCCCACAGGUGGGCAGGGUUUGCAGCACUGAAUGGGGCUCACCUGGGCGGGUGCCUCCCACCUGCUUGGGCUGGCCUUUGACCCUCCUUUGGCCAGGGAGGACAAUGGAUGGCCGGCCAGCCUGGGGUGGGGCAAAGGCCAAAGAAAAGAGGCUGACCCCUUUGUCCAAGCCUCUUUUGGUUUUCUUCCUUCCAGGAUCAGGAUCAUCAGGAGCGUGUCCUGGUGGUCGGAUUAAAGUAAGUUCUGGCCUGAUUGAAAGGGGCUUGGCACCUCCGCCAGGCUAGGCUUCAAUUUUGCAACCUUUCUUUUCUGGGCAGGCACCCAGCAAGGCUGUGGGGGCGGCCUUUUUGUUUUUUGCAGCGGCAGGGGGGCAUGGCUUCCCCGACACCGCCAUCUGCCGGUGCCUCGGGUGGUGGUUUUAGGCCUUGGCAAAGUAUCCUUUAACAUCAAGUCAGCAGGGAUGCAUUCAUGCUCCCUCCCCGUGCGGCGGCUCUUGCAGGGCACGUUAAAGGGCAAAAACUGGGAGUCUCUGGCCCUAGAACGGUGGCAUGUAGGUCAAACUCCCGGGACAAGGUUGGUGGAAGGGCAUGCUGUGUAAGUUUGUGCUUUGUUUUUUUUGUUUGUUUGUUUUUUUUAAAGAAUAUUUAUUCCAAUUUUAAAGUUACAGAAAAAAAGAAAAAGACCAUACAGAAAAAAAUAAAACAUGUUACAAAAAACAGACAAUAAGAAAAACUCAACAAAAAAUAAAAAUACAUUAUAAAGUAUGACAGAAAUCAAAUUAAACCUUUACAACUUUUUUCCCUUUUACUUAUUUCCAUGACUUCCUCUCACCUCCCUGCUUUGUAUUCUAGUUUAGAUCGUAUCUCCUGCAAAUCCUUCUAACCUUCUUUUCUUUUACUUGUUUUAACAUUCGAUAAUAUUUAAUCCUCCUCUAUCCUCAUUUUACACUUCAUUUUUACUUACUCCAUUAUACCAUAUCUGCCAAAACGGCCCAAUAUUCUUUUCCAACCUCUUUCUAACAUUCUUUUAUAUUGCAGUAUUUCUGAAGAUAUAUUUUAAAUUUUUUCCAAUCUUCUUCCAUCGACCCUUCUUCCUGGUCUCGAAUUCUGCCGGUCAUCUCAGCCAGUUCCAUAUAGUCCAUCACUUUCAUCUGCCAUUCUUCUCGGGUAGGCAAUUCUUGUGUCUUCCAGUAUUUCCCAAUGAGAAUUCUUGCUGCUGCUGUCGCAUACAUAAAGAAAUUUCUAUCUUCCCUUCGCACCAAUUGGCCGACCAUGCCCAAGAGGAAGGCCUCUGGUUUCUUCAAGAAAGUGUAUUUCAAUACCUUUUUUAAUUCAUUAUAUAUCAUUUCCCAGAAGGCCUUGAUCUUUGGGCACGUCCACCAAAGGUGAAAAAAAGUACCUUCAUUUUCUUUACAUUUCCAACAUUUAUUAUCAGGCAGAUGAUAGAUUUUUGCUAGCUUGACGGGGGUUAAGUACCACCUAUAAAUAAUUUUCAUUAUAUUUUCGUAAGUUUGCGCUUUGAAGUCCCCUCUCACUGGACCUCAUCUGCCUGCAUAUCCUCAGCCAGGCGGACUGAGAGGGUUACCUGCCAAGGCCUGUGUCAAGUUUCCCACUUCUGAAGCUCAAUAAAAUUGUGGCCAAUUUGAACCCAUACUCUGGGUCUCUUGUCUCAUUCUUUGGGGAAAGGGGUAGGCACCACAGACAGGGUUUAGCACGUGUGCCCACAAACAAUUGAGGGACACUAACAAUAAAAGAGAACUCCUUUCCGCUUGCCCCAGGUGUUGGCUGCAUGUUGGCUGCAGGCUCUGCUGCCCCUUGAAGUGACCAAGCCAUAAGAUCUGGAAUCCCUCCAUGCAGACUGAAGGUGUAAAUAGGUGAAUAAACCAUAGUUCUUAAAGCUACAACAGUCUCUGUCUUGCCUUCCCUUCUCCAAAGGGAAACAGACCCUGUGUGGUGCCUGGGAUCCCAUGGGCUCUUUCCACCACUGGGCAGAGAGAUGGGCAGGCACCCAACUUUUGCAUCAAUACAUUUGACUGGAGCACAAGGCUGUUUUCCCUCUCCCUGGCAAAACACUCACAAAAGAGACUUUCUUUUGGGAUGGAGACAUAUUUUCCCUACCAGGGAGACUAAAAAGGAGCGAGGCAAAUGUUUAGCAACAGCAGAGUGACGGUUCUUGUCUGGUGUCAAUAAGCAGGGAGUUCCAAAGAGUAGUGCUGCCAACCCUGACAGAUUGAUCCCUUGGAAAGUGCAAAACAAACAUUAUGACAUUUAUACACGAGCCAGUUCCUCUUGCUCUUUGGUUCAAUCUUUGUUUUGUUCUUUCUUAGCUUCUUCUCUUCACCCCUCAUAGAAUCAUAGAAUCAUAGAAUCAUAGAGUUGGAAGAGACCACAAGGGCCAUCGAGUCCAACCCCCUGCCAAGCAGGAAACACCAUCAGAGCACUCCUGACAUAUGGUUGUCAAGCCUCUGCUUAAAGACCUCCAAAGAAGGAGACUCCACCACACUCCUUGGCAGCAAAUUCCACUGUCGAACAGCUCUUACUGUCAGGAAGUUCUUCCUAAUGUUUAGGUCAUCAUACCUUGGGCAGUGGUUGUGUUCUCAGACGAGGGAAGAGUUUUUGAGAAGCUUGAACUUGUACUUUGUCUCAAGAGGAAGAAGUUCUCCAGGUGUUGUAUUUCAAAAGAAGAAAGAUGGAGAGAGAAUCACAGGUUCAACAGGGGAAAUAAGUGGGGCAGGAUCCCAGCUUCAGCCCCCCCAUAUCCACCCCAGAGUGGCUUGAUCUCCCCCUGAACCCCUCAAAAUAAGCUGGGCUAGAGACCCUGGAUGCACAUUUGCCCACAGAGACCUUCCCUUGAGUCCACAGGGUCCCAUCUCUCCUCCCCUCUAUUUUAGCAAAGCAAUUUUACUUAAUUUUUUAUUUUCACUAAUGUUUGUAUUGCUUUGUACACUUUAUGAUCAAUGCAUACAAAACAUUCAUGCACUGAUGCACACACAUUUUCCCAGUACAUGCAUGUUUCUAUAUAUGAAUUGACUGCUGAACAACAAAGCAAUAUUCAGACCAGUGUGGAUUUCAUCUGUCAUGGAUGGUUAUCUAAGAUUCCUGCAUUGGAGUGGGUUGGACUAGAUGACCCUUGGGAGUCAUUCAAAAUCUACAAUUCUAUGAUUCAAACUAAAUGCUAAAAUCAACGGGGGGGGGGGGGUGUUAUUAAACAUAUCUACAGAAAAGUUAAUACCUCAAUAUGUAGUCAUAGUGUAGAAGAUAAGACCUGCAACUGACUUACAGAAGAAUUGAAUUUCUGUGUGGGUAAUGCCUCAAGUCGUCAUAGUGUAAAAUAUAAGAACUGCAACUUGUAUUGAAUUUCUGUGCGGGCAUCUGGUGUGCAUUUCUUAUCUUUAGCUCACAGCUUUCUCAGCCUGGAUGGCUGUGGACAAGCUUGUCAGUUACUUCGCACUAUCUCCCUCUUAGAGGGAGCUUUGAGGCUGUGCGGUACAGCUUUUCUUAUGCCUGGGAAUAAAAUCAGCAGCCCCGUGACUCUUCUCUCCUUUGGUCCAUGGAUCUUUUCUUCCCUGGGUAAGUCCCUGGGUAGGAAAAGCUGAAUGCAUAGGGUGAAAAUCUAUAUAGGUUUACUUGGUCAUGAAGGGGAAAGCAACUGUCAAUGUUGAGCUCAUCUGGAGAAUAGACCUCCUCCCUGAAAGCUCCCCCCAUCUCAGGGUCAGUGUGUUUUGGCACCUGCUGGGGGCUCACAUUCCACUGACAAGAGCCCUCACCCCACCAGACCUUCUGCUCCUUUCCACCACUGCUUUCUCAUUCUGGCCAGAGGAGGCUGGGGACAGGGAGGAGUUGCCUGUGCAGAGAGACCCAGAGGGCCUGGCUAGACUGGGAGCUCAAUGAGCCAGCCAGAGGGAGGAUCCUAGGAAGGUCUGGAGAAGGAUAUGGGAGCCAGCUGUAUGCCAUCUUCCCCUCCCGGCUGAACUGUAUUUAAGCCAGUUAUUGUCAGUUAACUCUUGUGUUGCUUUGUAUUUAUGUACUUAAGCCUGGAUUUUUUUGGGGGGGUGGGGGGUGGAUGGUAAUAUUGAAUUUAUUCUGUAUUUCCUAAAAAACAUCAUUCCCAUCAUUUUUUAAUUUACUGUCAUAUUCCAUAUUUCGUACAUUUGCAUUUCCAAUGCUCUGUAUUUUGAUGUUUUGAAUGUUUGCUGUGAGUGUUUGCUGUGAGUGUUUGAAUGUUUGCUGUGAAUGUUUGCUGUUACCACUUCUGGCAGAGCCCAUUGUGGAAGGGACGCAUAUAAAUAAACUCAAUCAAUCCCAAUCAAGAGGGAAGUAUCUGAGCCAACUGAUCUUGAUUACUAGCACCCAGUUCCUGGUGAGGGUGGGGCAGCGCCAUAGUGAUCUUUGUUCUUGAGCUCAGUUCGUAGAAUAAUCUGUGUGUAUGACGAAGGCGGAAGUUAGAGAGCACAACUGUAGGUGGGUCCAUAGCCUAUGAUAGGUAGAGCCAGUGCUUUAUUUCUGGGGGGGACGCAGGGGUACGCAUACCCCUAAACACUUUGUGAAACUUUGUUCAGUUACUGUAUUUAUUUUUUCCUGAUUUGAACUAUAAAAUGGUGAUUAUAGUCACAAUGAGAGUAUCCCUAAACACUUUUUUUAAGAAAAGAAGCACUGGGUGGAACCAAAUUAUUCUAGUUCUUUCACUGCCUGCCCUACUGAGAGCUACAAGACUAACACAGAUACUAAGGAGGAGGCAGUGCCAGGGCUAGCUGAAAGUGGGAAAAGAAGACAGGUGUGGACUGGCUAAGGACAGGCUGAACCAGGCAGUGCCCCACUCACCCUAAGGGAGCAGUCUCCACUGCUGUGGUGUGUUGAACAUUUGCAGUUGUUUCUCUUCUUUUCAGUGGUUUUGCAGGAUUCCAAAAGGUUGGUGAUUUCCAAAUGUUGGUGAGAAUCAAACAACUUUUCUUAACAGAAACCUUUGACAGGCAUACAAGCAGGUGUAUAACACAAAAAAGCACCCUGAGUUCACACACUCCUCUUCCACUGAUUCUUCCUGGUUUAUAAGGGGAGGAACAAAGAGCAGUGAAAGGAGGAAACGGAAACAAAGGAGGGAAUGAGAAGGGGGUGGAAAGCGUGCACAGACAGCCUUUGCUGGUACAAAGAGAAGGAUCUGAUCUGAUACCUUUUGUCCAAAAGUUCACGACUUGCAAAUAAGACCCUGUACUCGGGCUACGCUUCUAAGGUGGAUGAACAGGCUUAUUUUAGAGCACCUAUCCUGUGCAGAAAAAUGAAACUUUUCUCCUCACGGUGGUGAAACAGAUGCCACAAUGGGAAGCCCCAGCAGGACCUGAGCUCAACAGGCGCAAGUCUCCCCAUCGGUGAGUCCCAGAAACGGUUCGUCCGGUGCCUCACUGCCGCUCAUGGCUCUCUGCAUCUCUGGAGAGAUACGAUGGUGGAUUUUUCUCACAAAGGGCCUCUUCUUCGGACUAUUGCUGUUCUCUUCCUUGGGUAAGGACUUCACUGAAGCACGUGAACGCAAGCAGGUACUUGCUUGGCGUUAAUAAGGAUCAGGCAGACGCAGCAAUAGGUGAAGUUUAUUGCCAGGCAAUAAGGACCCAGUUUGGAAUCUCUUCCAAAAGGAACUGGGACCCCGAUUGACAGAAAUCCAGAGGUCUUUAUACCUGAGCAGAUCACAGCAAAUCAUAGAUCAUGAGACAACCAUGAGGCAGUCACGAUAUUGUCAGCAAAAAUUAGACAAUUAGCAAGCUUCUUGCCAUGCUUCCAGCUCCUGGUCAAGCACGGAGUUCUAGUUCUGCUUUCCGCUCCUUGCAGUGACGCUCUAUCUAACCUCUCCCCUAGUUAUGACAGGACAGGGAGUUUGGAGAUUUUGUGGUUUUGCUCUUCCUGUUCUGCGGAUUAAUUUAGCCUGUAUCUGAGGGGAUUUUGUACCAAAAUCUCUGAUUCACGUCUUCCCCUUGUCCAGGGUACAUGGAUGUUUGUAGGGGAAAGGUCGGCUCCUAAUUUUGCUGUUUCAAGCAGUUUGCAGUUAGCUAAGGCACAGCUUCCCUUUGAUUCAAAAUGGAUUAUAAAAUACUGUAAGCCCUGAUUAUGUGUGAGCAUAUAUGAAUAUAUUGAUUACUGAUAACUGAUUAUAUGAAUUGCAUAAGGGUAGCCCUUCUUCCUUGCCUCAUCACUGCUUUCUUUCUUUCUCUCUCUCACUCAGAAACCACAAGUAACCACCUACAUGCAUGCAUGGAUGGAGGGGACACUCUGAGUUUGAUUUAUCAUGAAGAGGGAAAUUAUUGUAGGAUUACCGGAUGUCCCCGGUUCCUGGGGACAGUCCCCAGGUUUGCAAAUCUGUCCCUGGCAAAUGUGGAAGUGACAGCCUCAGCAGCCCGGAGCCAGCCUCGUAGUGCAGUUGGCUCUGGCUGGCUUCAGGAGGUGCCCGCUGUUGUGGCGCCCACCAUUUUCCCUUGCUGGAACUUCCAGCGAGGACAAAGUUCUGAUGUAACUUUCUCCAAUAAAAAAUGGCAGUCACCAUGGCAGCGAGCAGCUCCUGAAGCCAGCCAGAGCCAACUGCACUACCAGGCUGACUCCAGGCUGCUGUGGCUGUCGCUGCAACUGCCACCGCCAAAGGGGAAACAGGUGCAAAAGAAGGGCUUUGCACUUUGCCUGGCAGAGAAACCACGCGCCUUGCACCCCUCCUGGGCAACUGCUGCCCACCCGCGACUCCCGAGCCUCCCCUGAUCUGUCAAAACAAAGGGGGGAAGGGGCAGGAGAUUGGGGAAGGCUUGGGAGUUACGGGCAGGCAGCACGCCGUUGCCCAGUUUUUAAAAACUCUGUGCAUUUAUGUUCCACAGGGUGUGAAAGAAGGGUUUGCACAUUUGUACAAUAUGUAUGUGUGCUUGGGCCCAGGGUCUUUUGCCUCACCAUCCCCACUACUGACUCCCUGUUGCUACUCAGCUUCAAAAAAAAAAAAAAAAAAAAAAAAAGUGUCCCCAGAUUCAUUGGAAAAAAUCUGGUAACCAUAUUGGCAAUAUUGGUUACUAGCACUCAGGGACUCCUCUCCCCAGUUGGAAUAACUUUUAGGACCCUCCUUAUUACAUUUUAAGGCUGCAUUUUAAAUUGCAGUAACCUACUCUGGGACCUCAUGACGGAGCUAAAAACAAUAAUGAUUAUAAUUUUCACCUUUGUUUGUAUCUCCUCCCCUACCACCCUCCCCUCACUAGAAACUUUAAGCCAUGCAGUGGGGAAUCCAACCCAUCAGCUGAAGGGGAUCCUGGGAGGAUCAAUCUUGUUUCCUGCCAAUGUAUCUCUAGGAAUAACAGUGGAGAAAAUGGAAUGGGACUUCCGCCCGCAAAGGCAUAACCUGGGCUAUUGGUGGGGGGAAUUCAGUCAUGGGAAACUGGAGCACCCAAGUCCCACUGACCGGUUUGGACAACGGCUAGACAUGGUGGACGAGACAACACUGAGGGUCAAAGACCUGGAGUUGAAUGACAGUGGGAUCUACAAUGCUCGCAUCUGGUUUCCUAAGGCACAGUUUCAAGAACAGUGUUUCAGCCUCACUGUUUAUGGUAAGUUAUUGCUUUCACUGUUUGGCUCAUGGAAUAGGAUCAGCACCAUUUCACUACAUAGUUAUUCAGAGGCAUAUGGGACACAAAAAUUCUGUGGCUUUCAUUUGUGUUCACAGAGCCAGUGCCAACACCACAGAUAGACCACCAAGUGGAAUCCAAGACUCCAGGUGGAUGUAAUGUGACCUUGCGAUGCCACACACCUGGAAGGGAAGAUCUCAGUAUCUCCUGGGAAACAGGGGGUCCACACAGGGCCUUAGGAAAGAGUGUGAAUCAGUACCAGGUUUCUGACAAUGGCCAGGAGCUCCAUAUCUCCUUCUGGAACAGUUCUUUGGACUCCAAAUUCACCUGUCUGGUUACAAAUCCCGUUGAUCAAAAGAGAGCCUCCUUUGACUUGCUCAACAUCUGCCAGAGUGAUGAAGGUGAGCAAUAUAUCCUUUCCUUCAUUAUCCAGAGGAGGUGCUUGUUGUGGUGUAACGCCGGCUGGCCCUUAACAUCAGGGAUUUGAAGAGAUGUGUUUGUAUUAAUAAAUGCUGCUCUUCAAAUGCUUGUGAGCAGGAUCGGACCAUACACAGAGCCCCUUGAAGACUGAUCUGAUCCUGUGAAUUGCUGCUGCUGCCCCCAUCUCCUCCUAUUCCUAGCUUAAGACAUUGAUUCAGGGCAGGCAAGUGUGUCUGACGGCAUUGACAGCCCAAAUCAUUGCAAUACAAAUGGUAUAGAUUAGCAACGCUUUUUUUAUCUCUUGUUAUUUAUUCUACUGCUCUCAGCUGAGUGUGAACAUGAGACUCCAAAUCUUGGGGUCAUGAGUUUAAGCCCCACCUUGGGCAAAAGAUCCCAGGGGGUUGGACUAGAUUACUCUAGUUGUCCCUUCCAACUCUACAAUUCCAUGGUUUUGUGAGACUCUGGCGGCUGUUAUUAAAAUGUUUUGAGAAACUCUUAUUGCUCAUUACAGGUGGACACCUUCAACUCUUGAGUUGGAGUCCAUGGCUUAUCUCUUCAGUCAUAGUUCUUCUGGUGAUAAUGGUGAUGGUGAUGGUGAAUUGGAUGUGCUGGAAGAUCAGAUUAGAAAGGAAUAGAAGAGGUAGGACCAUCUCUAUUGAUCUUCCCAUCUCGCCUGAGAUGGGGGCUUCCUGCCAAAUAUAUCUCUUCCUUUAUUUUGCCUAUUCCAAGUGAGAGAGACUGGUCAGUGCCAUGAACUAAAUAAUGUGUCUCAUGUUGCAUUCCACAGGUGUUCCCUCUGUGAUGCGAGAGAAAGGGGAGAAUAUCUGGAGCUCAGGAGCCACCCAGAAGAUGUUGAUGAUGAGGUGAGAUGAACAGUGUGCAAAGUAAUGAUGGAGUGAUUGUUAUAUAAUAGCAGUGAAAGCAUCUGAUACAUUUUGGAGGCAUUUAAUACUUUCAAAAUUAUUAUUAAAGUGGCAAUCUCUUAUAUUUAAAGAAACAAAAACAACAACAAGCAGAUUUCAAACAGGCCAGUGACCCGAUAAUAAACGGCAAUCAAUGUGGCACAACCUGUCACUACAAACCAUCUCUGUUCGUCUCUUAACAUUGUCUAUCGGUGGCACUGGACUCCAUCACAUCGAGCCAAAAUAAACUCUGGCAUCUCUCCCUUAUGCUGGAAAGGCUCAUAUGUCCAUGUAUGGUGGAGCUCCAUGUUGUAAUACUCCUUUUGGGAAAAGGUGUUUCACAUUAUUUCCAAAAUUACGCAGCAAUCCACUCCACCCACAUCAGCUCUUGCCUUGUUAUCAUUAGACUCAAAUUUAAACAAUAACCUUAAAUACAGAGACUUUGUAUUUUUACUAUUAUCAGCAGCCCAAUUAGGAAUCGGCCAAUACUGGAAACAACUAUAGAAAUCACCACAGAAGGGUACUUAAAGGCACUUCAAAGAUAGACACUUUUGGCAAGACUUGGCUUCCACUCUUUUCCUUCAUAAAAUGAGACACAAUAUACUUUUAUUCCACCCACAACCUAAGAAUCUCUGUGGAGAGGCUACUUGAAUUGUCAAUACAUAAAUAAAUGUAUUGCUUGUGUACUGUCUGGUACAUAUGAAACUUAAUAAGACUGUACCACUGGACAAGUUACUGUAGUUAUAUGUUGCUCUUGUAUUUACUGUACAUUAAAACCAAUAAUGAUUAAUUGAGUUUAAAAAACCAAAAACAGGCCAAUGACCCAAACCUCCUGAUCAAAAGACCUAACAAAUGGAUUAUGGCAGAAGGGGAGGCAGGCAGCUUGCGCAAAGAUCCUGUUCCCAUCAGGAGAACAUCCAUGCCCAGUUAAAGCGAACAGAAUUGAACCCUCACCAGCUAGUGAACAGAGAAUCCAGCCCUCUGGCCGCAGGGCUCCACUUCCCACAUCCUUCCCCCAGUGAACCCAACAGGAUUGCUCUCUCCCCUCACCAGCUCUUCUGGAGUCUUCCCCAAAUACUCCUUUUAUCCUUGAUUAUUUAUCAUUGAUAAUAACCGAGUGCUGGAUAAUGGAAAUGACAUAUUUUUGUCAAUUCAAAACUGGCAAUUCCACCCAUUCUCUUAAGGACUUAGUUAUGGCAAGUUCUCCCAUGGAACUAAAAAGCUAGCCCCAAGGAGUGGAACUGAGGUGCAGGGAAGAUGCCUGCUUUUAGGCAAAUUGGUAUAUCUUCUUGGAGAACGCUGGACUUGGACAGGACUUUAAUUUUCUUCAGGGUUCAGGUGGGCCCAAAUGCCCAGAAAUUCUUUUAGAAGUUGCAUCCCCAGAGUUCCUCCUGUCAUGUUUUCUCUCCAAUGCAGAUUGAACACUGAAUCCCACAGACCAACCCUGCAGGUUGACUCAGAGAAGGAGGAAUUCUCAAGAAGUUCCACACUACCCAGAAAACGCUUUCCUUCUCUCUCUUCUUGUACAGUCUCAGAAACAGAGCCCUCAGAGAUUGAACAUUGCAUGAGAGGUCAGGCACAUCUCCAGGAGCCCCUGCUGAGGAAUUCACUGAGGGUCCCUCAGGAGAAAGACCCAUUGCUGAUCUCUCAAUGCUGCCAGUUGAGCCGGAGCUACAGCCUCCCUAGCAGCCUUAAACACUGCCCCCCAAAGUCAUGUGACCAGGACAGAGAGCAACAUACAAAGACUUAUCCAGUGAUUAUGGAAGGGGUCUCCUUAAGAGCAAGGAGUCCCAUAAAUGCCUUCAUCACCAGCACCAGCCGAAAGCGUCUAAGGCACUCCUCUUCAGCCUCCCUGUUGAUGGAAACAGCACAGGAAAGAUUGGAUGAGUGAAGAUACACAUCAGGAACCGGGGAGGCGGAGAGAUAAAACUCUGCAAUGAAUCAAGAAGUGCAUAAAGAUCUACAUCAGGAAGAAGCAUGGGAGCAGCACCUCCUAUUUGCCAAGAGGUCCCUGCAGAGGCAACAUUGCAGGCCAACAUUGCCAAGGAGAUGCAAGAGCUGGCCUCAAUGCUGAUUGAACUCUGCAUCCCAUACACCAACCUUGCAGGUUGACUCAGACAAAGAGGAAUUCUCAAGCUGCCCCAUACAACCCAGGGAAACCUUUCCUUCUCUCGGUUCUUAUGCAGUCUCAGAAACAGAGCCCUUGGAGACUGAUUGAACACUGAAUCCCACAGCCCAAUAUGGGAGAUCAGGCACAUCUCCUGUAGCCACUGUGAAGGAAUUCAUUGAGCUACAGCCUACCCAGCAGCCUUCAACACUGGCCCCAAAGGUCUUGUGAGCAGGCCAAAAAGCAACAUACCAAGUGAUUAUGGAAGGGGUCUCCUUGAGAGCCAGAAGUCCCAGAAAUGCCUUCAUCACCAGCUGCAAACAGGGUACAUAAGACAAUCCUCUGGAGCUUCCGUGUGGCUGGAAACAGCACAGGUCUCGGACUUCUUCAACCCAGGCGCCUAUCCUUUCCUUUCCUUUCCUUUCCUUGCCUCUCUUUUCCUAUUGAGCUUGGACUCCUUCCAUGUAGACUGAAGGUGUAAAUGGGCGAAUAAACCCUAUUUCUUAAAGCUACAACAGUCUCUGUCGUGUCUUCCAUUCUCCAAAGGGAAACAGAUCCUCUUUGGGUGCCUGGGGUCCCAUGGGCUCUUUCCACCGCUGGGCAAAGAGGGGGGCAGGCACCCGACUUUUGCAACAAUACACUGGACUGGAGCACAAGGUUGUUUUCACUCUUCUCCCUUGCAAAAUAUCCGCAAAAGAGAUUUUCUUUUGGGAAGGAGACAUGUUUUCCCUAACAUGGAGACUAAAAGGAAGGGAGGCAAAUAAUUAACAGCAGCAGAGUGACGGUGCUUGUCUGGUGUCAAUAAGCAGGGAGUUCCAAAGAGUAGUGCUGCCAACCCUGAAAGAUUGAUCCCUUGGAAGUGCAAAGCAAACAUUAUGGCAUUUGUACACGAGCCAGUUCUUACUUUUUGGUUCCAUCUUUGUUUUGUUAUUUCUUCUCCUCAGCCUUCAUCAUACUGUGGGAUGAGGUGGAAAGUUUUUGAGAAGCUUGAACUUGUAUUUAGUCUCAAGGGGCAGAAGAUCUCCAGGUGUCAUGUUUCAAAAGGAGAGAGAGAGAGAAGUUCAACAAGUGGGGCAGGAUCCCAGCUUCAGCACCACCCAUAUCCACCCCAGAGUGGCUUGCUCUCCCCUGAACCUCUCAAAAUAAGCUGGGCUAGAGAUCCUGGAGGCACAUUUACCCACAGAGACCUUCCCUGGUGUCCACAGGGUCCCAUCUCCCCUCCCCUCCAUGUUAGCAAAGCAAUUUUACUUAAUUUAACACAUUAUGUUUUAUUUUCACUAAUGCUUGUAUUGCUUGGUACACCUUAUGAUUAAUGCAUACAAAACAUUCAUGCACUGAUGUGCACACAUUUUCCCAGUACAUGCAUGUUUGUACAUAUUAAUCGACUGCUAAACAGCAAAGCAAAAUUCAGACAAGUGUGGAUUUCAUCUGUCAUGGAUGGUUUAGCUAAUAUUCCUUCAUUGAAGGGGGUUGGACUAGAUGGACCCUUGGAAGUCAUUCGAAAUCCACAAUUCUAUGAUUCAAACUAAAUGUUAAAAUCAACAGGGGGGUUACUAAACAUAUACACAGAAAAGGUAAUGCCUCAAGUCGUCAUAGUGUAAAAUAAAAGAACUGCAACUUGUAUUGAAUUUCUGUGUGGGCACCUGGUGCGCAUUUCCUGUUUUAGCUCACAGCUUUCUUAGCCUGGAUGACUGUGGACAAGCUUGUCAGUUACUUCACACAAUUUCCCUCUUAGAGGGAGCUUUGGGGCUGUAGCUUUUCUUAUGCCUGAGAAUAAAAGCAGGAGCCACGUGAUCCUUCUCUCCUUUGGCCCAUGGAUCUUCUCUUCCCUGGGUAAGUCCCUGGGUAGAAAAAGCUGAAUGCAUAGGGCAGGCUUCCCCAACUGGGCCCUCCAGAUGUUUUGGGACUACAACUCCCACCAUCCCUAGCUAACAGGACCACUGGUCAGGGAUGAUGGGAGUUGUAGUCCCAAAACAUCUGGAAGGCCCAGUUUGGGGAAGCCUGGCAUAUGGGGAAAGCCUAUAGGUUUGCUUGGUCAUAAAGGGGAAAGAAACUGACAACGCUGAGCUCAUCUAAAGAAUAGGCCCCCUCCCUGAAAGCUCCCCGCCCCAUCUCAGGGUCAAUGUGUUUGGGCACCUGCUGUGGGCUCACAUUCCACUGACAAGAGCCCCCACCCCACCAGACCUUCUCCUUUCCACCACAGCUUUCUCAUUCUGGCCCAAACAGUAAUGGUGGGUGUCAUGGGCCCAGGGGUUUGGGGGCGCUGGCCAGAUGAGGCUGGUGACAUGGAGGAGACACCCCAGAGGGCCUGGCUAGACUGGGAGCUCAAUGAGCCAGCCAGAGGGAGGAUCCUAGAAAGGUCUGGAGAAGGAUAUGGGAGCCAGCUGUAUGCCAUCUUCCCCUCCCCUCUGAACAGUAUUGAAGCCAGUUGUUCUCAGUUAACUCUUGCGUUGCUUUGUUGUUGUUGUUUUUUCGUUUAUUACGGCCAUAGGCCCAUAUUCAAUACAUCAUACAGCAACAUAGGUAUAACAAGAUAAAAUUAAUCAAUUAAAUUACGUUUAAAUCAAGUACAUCUCAGACCGUAAGUUUCCAAAUUCCAUUAAAAUAAGAAUAAUAUAGCACUUAAAAUAUCAAAUUAUCAGUAUAAAUCAAUAUUUUUUAGGCAAAAUCAAUAAUCAUAGAGUAAUCCAUUUUUCCUUUUAUAGGCUAAUACUGUUAUCAGAAAUCUGGCAACAGAAAGGGACCUACUCGGAUCUGAAUCUUGCAAUAAAUGAAUUAGCUGUGUUUCCAAGGAGUCACCUGAGAUUUCCAAUAAUAAAGGGGACAAAAAUCUGAUCUGAGAAACUGAAUGUAGUGAACAACAGAAUAGUAUAUGUUGUAAAGAUUCUAUAGAUCUAUUAUCACAUACACACACCGCUGAGAUCCGACCACUGGAAAAUCUAUUAUUCAAGACAUUGGAAGGAAAGACAUUAAAUCUUGCCUUAAUAAAGGCAUAUCUGUGGGCCGCUACAGACAAAGAGGUCAAAUAAGAUGGUAUCUGCUGUGAGGGCACUAUGCCAAGAUUUAAUGGUGAGCAAGUGCCACUACCCAAAAUGGUGUUUUGUUGUAGGUCAAUCUCCUCAAGUUUUUGAGUGAGGGUUUUUUUUGCUGUGGCUAGGUCCAAUUCCAAUAAUUCUGAUGGAGACAAUCCAUAGGUCACUACUUUAGAAUGAAUCUCUUUUGCCCCUAGGACAGGAAAAUUAUCUCUCCAGAGGCAUUGGAUCAAAUACAGAUUCGGGAGCCUAUGCCUUAAGGAAAACCAGUAACAAAGGCUGCGCCUCCAAAGAGUAUUUUCUAAAGAUGUAGUUUUUAAUUCUAAGCGAAUAGCUGCGUUACUAACGCACUGGGGAAGUUUUAGCAGUCGUCUUAGAAAUUGAUUUUGAAUUACCUCCAAGGGCAUCAAGUUUACUGCGGUCCCCCAUAAAGGAACAGCAUAUGCCAAUGUUGCAAUUACUUUAGCUUUGAAUACUUUCAGGGCAGAUGGAACAUGAAGAGCCCCGUCCGGAAAAAAAGCGCAACAGCGCAAAGGAUCGGGCCUUGGCCUUGUUUAAAAUAUGUGCAAUAUGGGACUUCCAACCCAGAUUAUAUUGAAAAAAGACUCCCAGGUAUUGAAAUUUAUAGACCUGUUCAAUAGGUUUUCCGUCUAAUUGCCACUUAUAGGAUUUCCGACUUUUUGAGAAGAUUAAUACUUUUGAUUUAGAUUGAUUUAUAGUGAGGGAAUUUGUUUUACAAUAUGAAACAAAGAAUUUUAAUGCUCUCCUGAGGCCAAUUCUUGAGAAGGAUAAAAUCACAGCAUCAUCAGCAUAGAACAAUAGUGGGCAACGAUAGUUUGCGAGGCGGGGGGCAUGGGUGAUUUCCUGAGAUUCAGCCAAUGGUAUCCUCAUGUCACUAAUGAAUAAAUUGAAAAGAAAAGGAGCUAGGAUACAUCCUUGCCGGACUCCUCUGUUGAUGGGCACAGAGUUUGUGAGAUCGCCGGCUGGGGUUAUUCUCACCCUAGCAGCCGACCCCUCAUGCAGCUGGAUUAUUAACCAUAAAAGUCUUCUAUCAAUUCCCCAUCGGGUCAACUUUUCCCAGAGCAACCUUCUGGGGAUGCUGUCAAAUGCAGCCUUAAGGUCGAUAAAAGCUGCACAAAGUUGGCCUCGGUUUGAAGAGGAAUAUUUCCGGGCUAGAUGGUGCAAGACUAAAACAUGGUCCGUAGUUGACUGGUUCGGUCUGAAUCCUGCUUGCUCGGGGCCUAUCAGUUUCUUUUCUUCAGUCCAUUGGAUAAGUCUAUUCAGCAGAAAGCAUGCGUAUAUCUUUCCAACUAUUGACAGUAAACUAAUAUUCCUAUAAUUCUCCGGAUCGUCUGGGGAGCCUUUUUAUAUAUUGGAAUUAUAAUAGCGUCCUUCCAUAUUUUUGGCACCCUUCCAGUUGUAUUAAUAGCAUCGAAAGUAACAGCCAGCAUUUUUGCCCACCAGUCGGAAUGUAGUUUUAUGGCUUCCGCCGGGACCAAAUCUGGCCCAGGGGCUUUGCCGAUUUUAAGUUUAGAGAAUAAAUUCAAGAUUUCAUCGGGGUCUGUAGGAGGCCAGAUAGGGAGAUGGUCAAAUACAUCAUCAAGAGCGUUGGUAUUGGAAUCUGGUGACGCAAAAUAUUUCCUUAAAAAGGAUUCCCAGACUGGGGCAGGAAUUACUGUUAAGGGAUAUCUCCUUGAUCUUCUAUUAACCAGUUGCUAAAAUUGCCGUGAGUUACAUGAACUAGAGGCGACUAUUAGCGCCUGCCAGCGAUUAUGUUGCCACUCUUGCUUAGCCAUUCUCUGGGCUUGCUUAUAUGCUGUUUUUGCUUGCUGGUAAUUCCUAGGUAAUACUAAGGCACCAGAUGAUUUAUAUUCAUUGUAAAUGGCACAGAGAUGUCGUCUAGCUUGUUUGCAUUUUAAAUUAAACCAGGGGCACCGGUCUUAAAAUGGGCCCGAUUUACUUGGAUGGCUGGUACUGCAAAAAAGGACAUAAGAUCUUCUGUAAGCAAAGAGAAUGAAUUAAUAAUUCGUUCAUGCCCAUACAGAUCUAAAUCUAAAACAACAUGAGUUUGAAUUUUCUCUUGUUGGAAGAAUUCCAUAUAUUUUUGGGCUUGAGUUACUGACCAUUUUAUUCCUCUCACUUGUUCUGCAGUAUUUAUUCCCAUAUUUAUGGGGUGUCUAGGCUUGAUAGACUGCCAGUCUAGGGAAAGCUUGGCACUCAAGGGGAGAUGGUCGCUCAUUUGGACGUUUUCUAUUUUAAAAUAAGAAAAAUUUGGGAAUAAAUCUCUCGAAACAAUAAAAUAGUCGAGAACACUAUUUGUAAGUGUGCUCAAAUGAGUAAACUCACCCGGAAUAUCCGGGGGACAAUUUCCGUUUAAAAUUAUCAAAUUCAAACGUAAAAUCAGCUGAUAAAGAAGGGUUCCCGCUUCGUUAACCCUAUUAUCUUUCAAUUUUCUCUGUAUAUGGGGGGAGAGAUCUGAGUUCUGGUGAUCAGGUAUGACCCACCUUUUGGCCUUGCCUAGCGCUUCCCAGUUUGCAGCUGUACGAGCAUUAAAAUCACCUCCCAUGACUGCUGAGAUAUUUGGGAACUUAGUAUAACAAAAAGCUAGGUGUUCUUCAAGUGUUUCCCAUUUGGAAUGGAGGUCCACUACCUGCCCCCGGGGGGGAAAUAGACAUUUGUUACCAGUAAUUCAAAUUUCCCUCCUGAAAUCAGUCCUGUAAUCGCGUAAGGAGAGGAAGAUUUAACAAGUGAAAGUUUUGCUUGCAAUUUGAGGGAAAUGGCUAUUACCAAACCUCCCCUAGGGCAUCCACCUUUAAGAGAGGGGCUAGCUGGAAGCCAAAUGGUAUCGUAUCCAUUUAUGUCAAUCGCCUCCUCUUCCCAAGUUUCUUGUAGGAGAAUUACUUGAAAUAAAUUAUCAAAUUUUAAGAAGUCUGGAUCAGAUUUCUUCCCCCUCCAUCCCGCAAUAUUCCAGCAUAAAAAUGACAUCAAGGAGUGGUUGGGUUGGUCGUUAGGUAGUCAGAUCAUGUGGGAAUGGGAUUCUAACUUUGGGGGAGCUUCAGCUUCAAAAAAAUCAGUAAUUUUCCUUUGAGAAGGUGGCAAUCGUGCUAUACAUCCCAACUGUUUGAAUUUAUUGGGGUGGUUUGGCUGUAAAGUCGUGCCGCUCAUCUCGCUAAAGGCAGAUGUUUGGCCUAAGAUAGUCGACUUUUCAGAGCCAGAUGGUAGAAUUAGGGGGGUAUUACUUAGAGAGAGCGAAAUUAAGUCAGCAGGUAUCGUGCCACUAGUUGAGUGAUCAUUAGUUGUUUGGAUAAUUUUGUUAAUACGACCUGUCGGGUCUUCAACCAGAUCAUUCUUCGGGACUAAAAAUAAAAUGGAGUCAUCUCUCAUUUGUUGGUCUGGUUCAGCUGGUUCUGUUACCGGUUCGAUGGUAUCUAUGGAUUUAUUCAACUUGCACACAUUAGAAGAAAGUGGGUUAAUAAAAUUACAAGUAAGUGGACCCAUAUGGGACACUUUACAUGGAGAACCUAAUUCAGAUUCGUUAAGUUCCCUCAUUUUGUCCCAAGCAGAUGUUGUAGUCAUAUUUGCCUUAGAGAUGGGGUGCAUAAUAGAUGGGUCUGGUGAUGGGGUUUCCACCUCCAGAGUAUGGGAGAGUGGAUUCAUCUCCGCAACAACCAGUUGGCUGGUAGGGGUGGGUGCCUUCCCAACCCACAGGUCCAGUUCUUGGUGGUAUAAGCGUGGGACAGAAUCUGAACCACAGUCUCUAUCAAGCAUAUUUUGUUUAGGUAAUCUCAGCUGUUCCUCCGUCACUUUUGUCAGGCAGAAAUAAAGGGAAUCAAUUUUAUGGAGUAUUUCUUUCUGGACUUCUUGCGGGAGAACACUAUAAGAAUGGAGUAAGUUAUUAUCAAAGCUAUCGAGGUCGAUUCCCUGAUUCUCCGCAUACCUGGGCCCAAGGAAGUCCAACCUCUGAGAGUCCUUGGUAACCAGACCAGUAGGAUGUUUGGAGAUGUCCUCCGCAGAGUUUAUAUCAAUUAGAACAUGUUGAUCAAUCUCAUGUUGAGUUUUUGGCAAAUUUACAAUAUGGGGGAUAAGUGGAAUUGGAGGUGCUUCAUUCUUAAAGUAACUUGAGUACCACUCGUCUCCAGGUGUUCUCUACGUUUGUACACUAGUUUUGCCAGUCUCCCCUCGUAGAAUGAAACCACCGCUCUGGCAAGGAAUCCGUUGAAGUAUAGAUAUUCCACUUGGGCCAAAUCAGUAGGGUUAUUAAGUAUACCUGGCAUAUAGAUCUUUAAAAGGUUCAAUAGAUGGGCUUUACGCUCUUCUUGUGACAGGAGUCCUGGGGGGUUUAGGAUAAUUUGAUAAAACGAGUUUGUUUCGGUACAGCACCAGAUUCCAGUUUUUAUUUGUUAGAUUUGUCUGAUUUCUCUUCUUAGAAGGAUUGGUUUCAUCUACAGAUAGAAUGUAAGACCAUGGAUCUUGGAUCAAAAUGUCUUGCUUGGAGUUAGGUGUUGGGGUAAGUGUUAAGAGUUCCAAGCAAUCCAUCGCAGCGUCAGGGCAAGGGUUUAUAGAGCGUUCUUGCUUAGAAGAUUUCCUGGUUAGAAGUUUCUCAGUGUUCCCACUGUUCUCGGUUAUUGGGAUACUCUUGAGAAGAUUAAAAAGCUUUUUAAAAUCCAUUUUUUUGUAACGCACUGCCUUAAAGUUUUUAACAUUUCUGCUCUUUUUUACCCUUAUGGGCCUCUUUUUCAAGGCAGUAGCCCUACAAGAUCUCUUGGCAUUCCUUGGUGGUCUGUUUUUGCAGGUGGUAGGAAGGAAGUUGUUAUUACUUUCCAAUUCUACAGUCACCCCGCUGGAUUCCCUACAGAGAGUUUUGCAAGUAUCCAUCAUUAUAGUGAGGAUUUUUGUACAGGUGGCCAGAUGGGAUUUUAUAUUUUCGAUAUCCUCAGUUAGAAGCACAAGCCAUUUGAUAACUGAUAAAUCCUCAUCCUCAUUUGUCUCAAGUUGGAAGCAGGAGUCUCUUGAUGUUUUAGGGUUUCCCGAAGACAUCUCUGCAAUUUGUUUUAACAUUAGUUCUUCCACUUCUCAGACUCGGGAUGGUUCAGGAGAAGCUUGGGAUUUAAGUCUCUGUUUUGGGAGUAGUUCGGUGACUGUACCAAUUGUGUUUGGAUUUACUUUGGGCUUUAUUGGCCCUUUGUUGUGGCAUUCUUCUACACAAUCCUCUCUCUGCACAGCCGACCCUUCAGUGCAGGAGGGAGAAGUUUCAGUUUCCUGCUGAAUCUCACUCGGCUUGACUUCACCCCUAUUCUUAAAGGGCCGAGUGCUUUUUGUUUGAGCUCCCUUUAGGGUAGCUCUUUUAGAGAGAGGUCUUAGAUCACUCCGAUAAAAGCCUGGUGUUCUACAGCCAAUCCUGGUCGUCACCAUUAUUUAUCUUGUGAAGGUCAAGUUGGUAAAAAUCUCACCUCGGUUCAUUAGCUCCGUCGGAUGUUGCAGGAGGGUUCUCCACGGGACUACUUCCAAGGUAGGCAGGUAAUUGAGACCAAUUUGCUGAGCUCCUUUGCCGUGGUGGUGGAGGCCGCAGUGGCGUCAGCCUUUCUGGCUGUGUCACCCUCCUAGCCCAGUGGGAAGGCGUCCGAGAUAACAAGGAGGUAAAACCAUGAGAUGAUAAAAUAGGGCAAUAAAACAAUAAAGUAGAAUAAUAAAAGAACCAUAAAACUGUAAAGUGGUGAGAGCAGCUGCUUCACCCUGCCUCACAGAUCGGUGGCCAUCUUGGAUCUCUCCAAAGAGUAGUGCUGCCAACCCUGAAAGAUCGAUCCCUUGGAAGUGCAAAGCAAACAUUAUGGCAUUUGUACACGAGCCAGUUCUUACUUUUUGGUUCCAUCUUCGUUUUGUUAUUUCUUCUCCUCAGCCUUCAUCAUACUGUGGGAUGAGGUGGAAAGUUUUUGAGAAGCUUGAACUUGUAUUUAGUCUCAAGGGGCAGAAGAUCUCCAGGUGUCAUGUUUCAAAAGGAGAGAGAGAGAGAGAGAGAAGUUCAACAAGUGGGGCAGGAUCCCAGCUUCAGCACCACCCAUAUCCACCCCAGAGUGGCUUGCUCUCCCCCUGAACCUCUCAAAAUAAGCUGGGCUAGAGAUCCUGGAGGCACAUUUACCCACAGAGACCUUCCCUGGUGUCCACAGGGACCCAUCUCCCCUCCCCUCCAUUUUAGCAAAGCAAUUUUACUUAAUUUAACACAUUAUGUUUUCUUUUCACUAAUGCUUGUAUUGCUUGGUACACCUUAUGAUUAAUGCAUACAAAACAUUCGUGCACUGAUGUGCACACAUUUUCCAAGUACAUGCAUGUUUGUACAUAUUAAUCGACUGCUAAACAGCAAAGCAAAAUUCAGACAAGUGUGGAUUUCAUCUGUCAUGGAUGGUUUAGCUAAUAUUCCUUCAUUGAAGGGGGUUGGACUAGAUGGACCCUUGGAAGUCAUUCGAAAUCCACAAUUCUAUGAUUCAAACUAAAUGUUAAAAUCAACAGGGGGUUACUAAACAUAUACACAGAAAAGGUAAUGCCUCAAGUCGUCAUAGUGUAAAAUAAAAGAACUGCAACUUGUAUUGAAUUUCUGUGUGGGCACCUGGUGCGCAUUUCCUGUUUUAGCUCGCAGCUUUCUUAGCCGGGAUGACUGUGGACAAGCUUGUCAGUUACUUCACACAAUUUCCCUCUUAGAGGGAGCUUUGGGGCUGCAGCUUUUCUUAUGCCUGAGAAUAAAAGCAGGAGCCACAUGAUCCUUCUCUCCUUUGGCCCAUGGAUCUUCUCUUCCCUGGGUAAGUCCCUGGGUAGAAAAAGCUGAAUGCAUAGGGCAGGCUUCCCCAAACUGGGCCCUCCAGAUGUUUUGGGACUACAACUCCCACCAUCCCUAGCUAACAGGACCACUGGUCAGGGAUGAUGGGAGUUGUAGUCCCAAAACAUCUGGAAGGCCCAGUUUGGGGAAGCCUGGCAUAUGGUGACAAUCUAUAGGUUUGCUUGGUCAUAAAGGGGAAAGAAACUGACAACGCUGAGCUCAUCUAAAGAAUAGGCCCCCUCCCUGAAAGCUCCCCGCCCCAUCUCAGGGUCAAUGUGUUUGGGCACCUGCUGUGGGCUCACAUUCCACUGGCAAGAGCCCCCACCCCACCAGACCUUCUCCUUUCCACCACAGCUUUCUCAUUCUGGCCCAAACAGUAAUGGUGGGUGUCAUGGGCCCAGGGGGUUUGGGGGCGCUGGCCAGAUGAGGGUGGUGACAUGGAGGAGACACCCCAGAGGGCCUGGCUAGACUGGGAGCUCAAUGAGCCAGCCAGAGGGAGGAUCCUAGAAAGGUCUGGAGAAGGAUAUGGGAGCCAGCUGUAUGCCAUCUUCCCCUCCCCUCUGAACAGUAUUGAAGCCAGUUAUACUCAGUUAACUCUUGCGUUGCUUUGUAUUUAUGUACUUAAGCCUGGAUUUUUUGUGGGAGGGGGGAUAUUUACUUUCAUAUUCCAUAUUCUGUACAUUUGUACUUCCAAUGCUCUGCCUUUUGACGUUUUGAAUGUUUGCUGUGAGGCAGCUUGGGCAGAGCCCAUUGUGGAAGGGACGCAUACAGAUAAACUCAAUCAAUCCCAGUCAAGAGGGAAGUAUCUGAGACAGCUGAUGUUGCUUACUAGCAUCCAGUUCCUGGUGAGGGUGGGGCAAUGCAACAGUGAUCUUUGUUAUUUGAUCUCAUUUCAUAGAACAAACUGCGCAUCAGACGAAGGCGGAAGAUAGAGAGCCCAACUGUAGGUUGGUCCAGAGCCAAUGAUAGGUUGAGCCAGUGCUUUUUUUUUCCUGCGGGGGAUGCAAGGGUACGCAUACCCCUAAACAUUUUGUGAAUCUUUGUACUUUUGUCCAUUUACUGUAUUUAUUUUUCCUGAUUUGAACUAUAAAAUGGUGAUUAUUUUGAGUCAAAAUGAGAGUACCCCUAAACAAAUAUUUUUUAAAAAGCACUGGGUAGAGCCAACUAAUUCUAGUUCUCUCACUGCCUGCCCUACUGAGAACUACAAGAGGAACACAGAUACUAAGGAGGAAGGGUCAAGUGGGAGUAGAAAGUAAAAAAGGAAAACAGGUGGGGAAUGGUUAAGGACAGGCGGACGCUGUCCUAAGGGAGGGAACAGUCUCCACUGCUGUGAUGUGUUGCUGCACAUUGCAACCUUUUCUCUUCUUUGCAAGGGUUUAGCUUCAGGACUCUGAAAGGUUGGUGGUCUCCAGAUGUGAGUGAGAAUCAAACACCUUUUCUUAACAGAAACCUUUAACAGGCAGGUGUAUAACACAGAGAGAAACACCCUGAGCUUGCACCUCUUUCUCCUCCUCCACCGAUCCUUGCUUGGAAUUACCUUUGUACUUCUACAAUGUCCUUCUCUGAUGCUUCCUGGUUUAUUAGGGGAGGAACAAAGAGCACAAACAGCCUUGCUGGUGUAAAUAGGUGGAGGAUCUGAUCUGCUCAGAAGCGAGAAGACGGAUGGGAUGAUGAUUGUGUUCCAAAGUUCACAACUCUUGCGAAAAACUCUGUACUCAGGCUACGCCUAUAAAGUGGAUGAACCGGCUUAUUUUAGAGCAACUAUCCUGUGCAGACAAAUGAAGCUGUCCUUCUCAGGGUGGUGAAACAGAUGCCUCAAUGCCCAUAAGCAGGACCUGAGCUCAACAGGCACAAGUCUCCCCAUUGGUGAGUCCAAGAAAGGGGCAUUCUGGUGCCCCACUUCCGCUCAUGGCUCUCUGCACCUCUGGAGAGAUACGAUGGUGGAUUUUUCUCACAGAAGACCUCUUCUUCAGACUAUUGCUCUACUCUUCCCUGGGUAAGGACUUCACUGCUUUCUCUCUCACUCACUCAGAAACCACAGGUAACCCACCUAUAUGCAUUGUUAUGAAUAGAUAAUUUUUUGGCAAUAUUGGUUACUAGCACUCAGGGUCUCCUCUUCCCAUCUGGACUCCUCCCAGAACACCCAGGCUGGCUUCAAAGGAAGCUCCAAAGGAAGACUUUUGAGAGUUUAAUUCUCUGUGUGAUAUUUGUUACUGAGCUGAAAUUGGGGUGGGACAAUUUGUGUGUAUGAUGAAGGUGAUCAUCUCCCCUGAAGGUGUGGAGUGGAACAGAAUAAAUGACAUGCUGGCAGCAAGUCACCCUCAUUUGUAGGGCAGAAAUGUUUUCCUGUGGGAUAUUUUCCUAUGAUGUGUCAGUUAUUCACCAGUACAAAAUAAAUAUCAGUUUAGAGCCAACAGUGAAUUAGAGGAGCCAACCAAUGAGCAGGAAAAGGCAACUGGGGAUCUUGGUGGAACAGAGUCAGUUUUCCCAAAAUUUAACCAAUGGGCAGAUGAUCCGCAAAACAGAUGUUCCCCAAAAUUUGACCAAUGGGCAGCUUUGAAAAGAUUUAAGUGUUUAAUUGAUUGCUUUAGAUACAGAUGACGUUCAGACCUGAGCCAUGAGCCAACAGUGUGACGCGGCAGCUAAAAAAGCCAAUGCAAUUCUGGGCCUCAUCAAUAGGAGUAUAGCAUCUAGAUCAAGGGAAGUAAUAGUGCCACUGUAUUCAGCUCUGGUCAGACCUCACCUGGAGUACUGUGUCCAGUUCUGGGCACCACAGUUCAAGAAGGACACUGACAAACUGGAACGUGUCCAGAGGAGGGCAACCAAACUGGUCAAAGGCCUGGAAACGAUGCCUUAUGAGGAACGGCUAAGGGAGCUGGGCAUGUUUAGCCUGGAGAAGAGGAGGUUAAGGGGUGAUAUGAUAGCCAUGUUCCAAUAUAUAAAAGGAUGUCACAUAGAGGAGGGAGAAAGGUUGUUUUCUGCUGCUCCAGAGAAGCGGACACGGAGCAAUGGAUCCAAACUACAAGAAAGAAGAUUCCACCUAAACAUUAGGAAGAACUUCCUGACAGUAAGAGCAGUUCGACAGUGGAAUUUGCUGCCAAGGAGUGUGGUGGAGUCUCCUUCUUUGGAGGUCUUUAAGCAGAGGCUUGACAACCAUAUGUCAGGAGUGCUCUGAUGGUGUUUCCUGCUUGGCAGGGGGUUGGACUCGAUGGCCCUUGUGGUGUCUUCCAACUCUAUGAUUCUAUGAUUCUAUGACCUCACACUAUUUUAUUUCUAAACUUUAUACUUUUAAAAAAAAUAUAUAUUCUGGGCCAAUCUUCUGUCUGAGUUUUUCUGGAUCCCAGUUCCUGGACACCAGGACUUGGAAUGUAACUUUGGGCUUGUAAAAACUUCCUUCUCUUAUACUAAAGGGCCACGUUGCUAAGACAGCUAAGAGAAUGCAGUAAAUGUUUAACUAGAGAGAGUUGGGCAGUUCCAAGUGGGUCAAUGUACAAUUCAGCAACAGCUAAGAUUAAUCUUGGACAUUGUAAACUUUCUUGGAUUUUGGUUCCAAAUACCUGAGAGACUGCUUUCUUCCCCAUAGUCCAUCUCAGCUGUUAAAACUAGGGGCUCUUGGUAGUUUCACCUCCCUCAAACAGUUGGGGGAGUGCCAGCCCAGGAGAGGACCUUCUUUGUGACAGGCUGCUAAACUGUAGAAGUCCCUCCCUACAGAGUUGCACCCGGCACCUUUAGUGUAGAGUUUCCAUUAUAUUCUGAAGAGUCACCUCUUCUCCCUACCAUUCACACCUACAAUAUCAUUUUUGGACCCUCCCUCUCACGUUUUAAUGCUGCAUUUUAAAUUGUUGUCACCUCCUCUGGGACCUCAUGAUGGAAGAUGGAGAAGGAGCUAAAAACGAUAAUGAUACUAAUUUCCCCCUUUGUUUGUAUCUCCUCCCCCACCACCCUCCCCUCACUAGAAACUUUAACCCAUGCAGUGGGGAAUCCAACACAUCAAGUGAAGGGAAUCCUGGGAGGAUCAGUCUUGUUUUUUGCCAAUGGAUCUGAAGGAAUAAGAGUGGAAAAAAUGGAAUGGGACUUUCUACCCCAAAGAGGUGGCCUGGGCUUUUGGCUGGGGGAAUUCAGUCAUGGGAAACUGGAGCAACAAAGUCCCACCGACCGGUUUGGACAACGGCUAGACAUGGUGGACGAGACAACACUGAGGAUCAAAGACCUGGAGUUGGAUGACAGUGGGAUCUACAAUGCUCGCAUCUGGUUUACUAAGGCACAGUUUCAAGAACAGAGUUUCAGCCUCACUGUUUAUGGUUAGUGAUUGCUUUCAAUGUUUGGCUCAUGGAAUAGGAUCAGCACCAUUUCUCUACAUAGGUACUGGGAGGGGUGGGGUGCAAACCUCAUGCUGAUUACAUUUGUUUUCCACAGACCAAUGGUUUCGAUCUAACCUUCUAUGACAAGCAACCAUUUCACUGUUCUGAACAAGGUUUCUGAUUGGUGUCAUUUUUCAUAUGCAGUUAUUGAGAGUAGUGGGACACAAAUUUUAUGUUGCUUUCAUUUGUGUUCCACAGAGCCAGUGCCAACACCACAAAUACACCACCAAGUGGAAUCCAAGACUCCAGGUGGAUGUAAUGUGACCUUGCGAUGCCUCACACCUGGAAGGGAAGAGCUCAAGGUCUCCUGGGAAACAGGGGGUCCACACAAGGCCUUAGAAAAGAGUGUGAAUCAGUACCAGGUUUCCGACAAUGGCCGGGAGCUCCGCGUCUUCUACAGGAGCAGUUCUUUGGACUCCAAAUUCACCUGUCUGGUUACAAAUCCUGUUGACCAAAAGGGAGCCUCCUUUGACUUGCUCAACAUCUGCCAGAGUGAUGAAGGUGAGCAAUAUAUCAUUUCCUUCAUUAUGCAGAGGAGGUCUUUGUGGUGGCGAAAAGGCAGGCUAGCCCUUAACAUGAGGGGUUUGGGGAGAUGUGUUUGUAUUAAUAAAUGCUGCUUUUUGAGUGCUUGAGGGCAGGAUUGGAGCAAACACAGAGCUCCUCGAAGACUGAUCUGAUCCUGUGAAUUGCUGCUGCUGCCCCCAUCUCCUCCUAUUCCUAGCUUAAGACGUUGAUUCAGGGCAGGCAAGUGUUUCCGACAGGCAUUCACAGCCCAAAUCAUUGCAAUACAAAGGGGAAAGAUUAGAAACACUUGCUUAUCUCUUGUUAUUUAUUCUACUGCUCUCAGCCAGGUGUGAGCAUGAGGCUCUGAGUCUUGGGAUCAUGGGAGCAAGCCACAUCUUGGGCCAAAGAUUCCUGCAAUGCAGAGGGAUGGACUAGAUGACUCUAGUUGUCCCUUCCAACUCUACAAUUCUAUGAUUCUGUGAGACGCAUUCUGGCAAUUGUUAUUAGAGUAUGUUUUGAGAAACUCUUAUUGUUCAUUGUGUGGGAUAUAAAGCUGUCAGUCAAGGCCAAUAUUCCGAGAGGACUAACUGCCUCUGGGUGGCAGGCAGUUUUGUCACUUGGUUGGUCAGUUGCUGCUAGGAGUGUUAACUGGUAACUGCUUGGAUGCAGUCUUCUCAUGACUCACUCCAAUCUAGUAUAUAGUUUAUCUGUUAUGUAACCUAAGCCUGCCUUCAGGAACAACUCUGUAUACCUGAAUGAAUCUGAAAGUAAAGUAGUAUAUGUUAAUAUGAUUCAGAUUCAUGUGUGUUUUCUUUAAGAGGGAUGGAAAGGGAUUAUCAACCAGGAAGGUAUAAUUAUUGAUAGGACUCAAACAAGUUAGCAACCUGCAUAAACUCAGACAAGGGAUCCUUUAUACUCUGCUAAAUAAUAUAAACAUUCCCACACAUUGUAGGUGGACAGUUUGGACCCUUGAGUUGGAGUCCAUGGCUUCUACCUUCCCUCAUAUUUCUUAUGGUGAUGGUGAUGCUGAUGGUGAUGGUGAAGGUGAAGGUGAAUUGGAUGCGCUGGAAGAUCAGAUUAGAAAGGCAUAGAAGAGGUAGGACCAUCUCUAUUAACUUCUUCCAAUCUCUCCAAAAUGGGGACUUCCUGCCAAAUAUACCUCUACCUUUCUUCUGCUUAUCCUGAGAGGCAGAGACUGGCGAGUGCCAUGGACUCAAUAAUGUGUCUCAUUUCGCACUCCACAGAUAUUCACUCUGAUGCGAAAGAAAGAGAAGAGUAUCCAGAGCUCAGGAGCCACACAGAAUAUGGUGGGAGAUGAUGAGGUGUGAUGAUUGGUGUGCAAAGUAAUGAUGGGGUGAUUGUUUUUAUCUACCAAUGAAAUCAUCUGAUAAAUUUGGGAGGCAUUUAUAACAUUUGGGAGGCCUCUUCUUUCCCUGCAUGCCCACCAGCUGCGCCCCGCCAACUAUAUGGCGGGCAUUCAGCUUCCUUCCCAAGCCUCUGCAGGAGGAGAGUGAUCCUCACAGAGCUCCCAAGCCUCUGCAUCUGCUAAAGACGGCCCUGAUCCCAGUUGUUGUCCUCCUGCUUCCUGGCAAAAGGCGGCGUGCAGACUUCCCAGGCUGCCUUCCUGGGUGCCCCAACACUGGAGUGCAUGUCCACCAGCACGUUUUCCUGCUUGAUCGCUGGCACCACGCCAGGGAUCGGGGAAGUGGGGGAGGCAGAGGAUAUUUUCCACUGCCCCCUCCCUUGUUUUGGAGUUGCCAGGGGGGGUGACGGAGGGAUCUUUGCACCACGGCGCCUGAUAUGCUUAAGACGGCCCUGAGGCAGCAUGCCAGAGCAAUGGAGGCUUAUCUCCCUCUCACUGUGUGUAAGACUCCCAUUUCUACUCCUCUCAGCUUCUCCUCCCUCCUCUUCAGAUCCUCGCUGUCUUUCAGAAUGGGAAUGUCCCUGACAUUUUCAUUGAGACCAAUAAUUGUUAUUUGGAUUGAAAAAACAAAAACAGGCCAGUGACCCAAAAAGACUUAACCAAUUGAUUAUGGCACAAGGGGAGGCAGGCAGCUUGUGCCAAGAGCCUGUUCCCAUCAGUGGAACAUCCAUGCCCGGUUAAAGUGAACAGAAUUGAACCCACCGCUCUCCUAAUAGUGAAUGAAGAAUUCAGGGCUCUGCUGCCCACAUCCUUCCCCCAGUGAACCCAGCAGGAUUGCGCUCUUCCCUCACCAGCUGUUCUGGACUCUUCCCAAAAUACUAAUUUUAUCAUUGAUAAUAACUGAGUGCUGGAGAGUGGAAAUGACAUACUUUUGUCAAUUCAAAAUGGGCAAUUACACCCGCUCCCUUAUGGACUUAGUUAUGGCAAGUUCUCCAGGAGCCUGUGGAAUGAAAAAGGUACCCAUAAAGGCUGGAACAGAGGUGCAGGGAAGAUGCUUUUAGGCAAAUUGGUAUCCCUUCUUGGAGAACUCUGGACUUGGACAGGACUUUAAUUUUCUUCAGGGUUCAGGUGGGCCCAAAUGCCCAGAAAUUCUUUUUAGGAGUUGCAUCCCCAGAGUUCCUCCUGACAUAUUUUGUCUCCAAAGCAGAUUGAACACUGAAUCCCACAGAACAAACCUGCAGGCUGACUCAGAGAAGGAGGAAUUCUCAAGCUGUUCCACGCUAUCCAGAAAAUGCUUUCCUUCUCUCACUUCUUGUACAGUCUCAGAAACAGAGCCCUCAGAGAUUGAAGAUUGCAUGAGAGGUCAGGCACAUCUCCAGGAGCCCCUGCUGAGGAAUUCACUGAGGGUCCCUCAGGAGAAAGACCCAUUGCUGAUCUCUCAAUGCUGCCAGUUGAGCCAGAACUACAGCCUACCCAGCAGCCUUCAACACUGGCCCCAAAGGUCUUGUGACCAGGACAAACAGCAACAUACCAAAACUUAUCCUGCGACUGUAGUUGGGGUCUCCUUGAAUGCAAGGAGUCCCAGAAAUGCCUCCAUCACCAGUCGCAAACAGAGUAUAUAAGACAAUCCUCCUGAGCUUUACUGUUGCUGGAAACAGCACAGGUCUCUGGCUUCUUCAACCCAGGCGCCUUGCCUUGCCUUGCCUUCCCUCUCUUUUCCUACUGAGCUUGGACUCCUUCCAUGUAGACUGAAGGUGUAAAUGGGUGAAUAAACCCUAUUUCUUAAAGCUACAGCAGCCUCUGCUGUGUCUUCCAUUCUCCAAAGGAACACAGACCCUCUUCGGGUGCCUGGGAUCCCAUGUACUCUUGCCUCAACUGGGUACUGGACUUUUGCAACAAUACAUUGGACUGGAGCACAAGGUUGUUUUCCCUCAAUUUGGGUGAGGUGAGGAUAUUUAUAGCAAGAGUAAUAAAAAGAAAUAGUUAUUUAGGGGAAUUGCAUUUAAUUCUAAAUUAUAUUCCGGAAACGUGGAAGAAUUCAAGGGGUUAAAAAAAAUUGAUGUACCGUGCUAUAUUAGAAGCAAAAUAACUUGUUUUGAUGAAUCGGAAGAACUGCAAAAAGAUUCCAUUGAGCACAUGGAUUGAUAAUGUGGACAGAUUAGCUACAUACGAACGAAUUAAGCAAUAAGUCAGAUAGCAGUGGGAAGUGGAGGGAGGAGAGGGAGGUGGGAAAAUAAUGUUAAAAAUGUGUAGUCAUAGGUAUAUCUUUGUAUUCAAAUCUGAUUGUCAGAUUGGGUUAUUAUUGUUAUUAUGUUUUUUGUUGCAUGUGUCUUUUGCGGUUGUUGUUUGUAUCGAAAAAAUGUUUAAAUAAUCUUUUCCAGAAAAGGUUGUUUUCACUCUACUCCCUGGCAAAACAAAGAGAUUUUCUUUUGGGAAGGAGACAUAUUUUCCCUACCAGGGAGACUAAAAAGGAGCGAGGCAAAUAUUUAACAGCAGCAGAGUGAGGGUGCUUGUCUGGUGUCAAUAAGCAGGGAGUUCCAAAGAGUAGUGCUGCCAACACUGAAAGAUUGAUCCCUUGGAAGUGCAAAGCAAACAUUGUGACAUUUAUACAUGAGCCAGUUCUUCUUGCUCUUUGGUUCCAUCUUUGUUUUGUUCUUUCUUUGCUUCUUCUCCUUACCCAUUAUCUGACUGUAGGAUGUGGUUGUGGUCUCCGAUGAGGGAGGAGAGGGAGAGUUUGUGAGAAGCUUGAACGUGUAUUUUGUCUUAAAGCAGAGACGUUCUCCAGGUGUCAUGUUUCAAAAGGAGAGAGAUUUUGUUUUAUUUUCACUAAUGUUUGCAUUGCUUGGUGCACUUUAUGAUUGAUGCAUACAAAACAUUCAGGCACUGAGGUGCACACACUGUCCCAGUACAUGCAUGUUUGUACAUAUUAAUCACUGGCGAACAGCAAAGCAAAAUUCAGACCAGUGUGGAUUUCAUCUGCCAUGAAUGGUUUAGCUAAGAUUCCUACAUUGAAGGAGGUUGGACUAGAUGCCCUUGGGAGCCCUUCCAACUCUACCAUUCUAUGAGUCAAACAAUAUGCUAAAAGAAUCAGGGGUUACUGAACACAGAUACAGAAAUAGUAAUGCCUCAUGUCGUUGUAGCGUAAAAGAGAAGACCUGCAACCAAAAUUUCCGAAUUCCUGUGUGGGCACCUGGUGCGCAUUUCUCAUUUUUAGCUCACAGUUUUCUUGGCCUGCAUGACUGUGGACAAGCUUAUCAAUUACUUGGCACUAUUUCCCUCUUAGAGGGAGCUUUGGGGCUGUGCACUGCAGCUUUUCUUAUUCCUGGGAAUAAAAGCAGGAGCCUGUUGCUGUACCAAUGAGGAGAAAUCAACUCUCCACCAGCAGCAGCCACACCUGAGGCUCCCUAUAUUCCUGGCCAGAAAUAUUCAUGAAUUUUCCCACAGGCAUCCAGCUGGCCAUUGUGAGAAGAACAGGAUGCCAGACUAGAGGAGCCGUUGACAGGAUCUUCUUAUGUUGUGAUUUUCCUGAUCUGCCUCUGGAGUUAAUUGGGGUUCAGGGCAUAUGAAUAUUCCUUUGGGGCUCAUUGACAUAUGAAUUUUGCUUCUUUGAACUUUCUUCAAGGAGAUAAAAAUCUGGGCAAUUGCAAUGCUUUUCCAUGUUGUUAAAUUUGUUACAGUCUGCAAAAGCUGCCAGCGUUUUUCAUUGCUUUGGCUCUGCCCAGAUCUGUCAGAAGACUUUUGUUAAUAGCCAGUCUUUGCAAACAGCAAUUCUCCUCCUCCCCCACAUUCCACAUCCAGAAACACACUUGCGCAGAGAAGCAAACUCUUUUGUGCAGUCGUUUCCUCUUCAGAAUGUUGCUGUACUUUCCUCUGGGUUGGUCCUACACUGUUUGUCCUGAAGAGCAAUAAGACUUGUGCAAACAGCUGGUGUUUCCAGAGGCUGGGGAAGAGACUGACCAUUGUUGUCCAACAUUUGCCUCCUGCAGCUGCCAGACUCCUCUGGAGAAGGAUAUGGGAGCCAGCUGUAUGCCAUCUUCCCCUCCUCUCUGAACUGUAUUUAAGUCAGGCUGCUUGGAGUGUAGCAAUACCAGUCCCAGAAACGUCAUUGUCAGUUAACUCUUGUGUUGCUUUGUAUCCAUGUACUUAAGCCUCCAUUUUUUUGUGGGGUGGGGGCAGUAAUAUUGAUUUUAUUCUGUGUUUGCCAAAUUGUUUAUUUCUGUCAUUUUUAAAAAUUUGCUGUCAUAUUCUGUAUUUUGUACAUUUGUAUUUCCAGUGUUCUGUUGUUGUUUUUAUGAUUUGAAUGUUUGCUGUGAGCCACUUUGGGCACAGCUCAUUGAGGAUCAGAUGCAUGUAAAUAAACUCAAUCAAUACCAAUCAAGAGGACAGUAACUGAAACAGCUGAUCUUGGUUACCAGCACCCAGUUCCUGGAGAGGGUGGGGCAAUGACAGAAAUCUUUGUUACUGAGCUCAGUUUGUAGGACAAUCUGUCCGACUGAAAGGUACAAGAGUAAAAGGUACUAAGGAGGAGGCAGUGCCAGGGCUCGUUGAAAGUGAAAAAGAAGACAGGUGGGGACUGGCUAAGGUAUGGUUACCAGACGUCCCCAUUUCCCAGAAACAGCCCCCUGAUUUACAAAUCUUUCCCCGGACAAAAUCUGUCCCCAGAAUGUCCCCAGAUUUCAUUUAAUGUCCCUGGAUUUAUAUUUUAAUUGUUGUAGAUUUAUUCGUAGGGAAUGAAUGUUGGGUGAUUGAUUCAAUGGCACAAGACAAAGCAUAUGGGGACUUCUGGCAAGGCAAAAUGGCGGGCGCCACAGCAGCGAGGAGCUCCUGAAGCCAGCCAGAGCCAACUGCGCUACCAGGCUGGCUCUGGGCUGCUGAGACUGCCACCACCUCCGAGGGGGAAUCAGGGAUCACCGGUGGAUCAACUGGGAGAACAACUGACAUGCACACACACCCUACAACCCAAAUUGAGCCAGAAAGAGUGCCCGGCCCCCUAGCCAACUACCCAGCGGUGCUCUGGGGCCAGGAAAAACCCAGAGCCGAUGCAGGGAGAAGGAGGAGAGUAGAAGAAGGAAGAGAGAGGAAGAGGAAGGAGGAAAAAAAAGAGGGGAGCCCUGACCUUGCUGCACCGCUACUGCCGCCGCCACUAGGGAGGAGAGGUAGGAGAGCCCUGGGAGGGCAAGGACACGUGGCUGAGCCCAGGUCUGACCUGAGCCGACUCCAUGGCGGCUAGCACUCCAAGAGAGCAGGCCAGGGUCCAGAGGAACGCCGCACAACAGAGGAGACCACAGAAGAGAAGGUAUUACUUAAAAAAAAAUUAAAAAAAAUUAUCACUUUUUUUUUCUCUUUUCAAGAAAAAAAAGUGUCCCUAGAUUCUUACCAAAAAAAAACCUGGUAACUUUAGGCUAAGGACGGGCUAAAGCUGGCAAAGGCAGUGCCCCACUCAUCCUUAGGGAACAGUCUCUACUGCUGCUGUUGUAGUUGCUGCUGCACAUUUGCAACUGUUUCUCUCCUUUGCAAGGGUUUUUCAAGACUCUGAAAGAUUGGUGGUCUCCAGAUGUGGGUGAGAAUCAAACACCUGUUCUAAACAUAAACAUUUAACAGGCACACAGGAAGGUGUUUAACAACAAAGAAGCUCUCACCCUGAGCUCACACACUCUUUCUCCUCCUCCGCUGAUCCUUCCUGGUUUAUAAGGGGAGGAUGAAAGAGCAGUGAAAGGAGGAGUCAGAAAAAAGGAGGAGAAGCACAGUUUUGCCUGGAUGAGAAGGGGAGGGAGAGCGAGCACAGACAGCCUUGCUGGUUUGAAGAGGAGGAUCUGAUUUGCUGGGAAGCGAGAGGAAGGAAGGAGCCGACCGUUGUGUUCGAAAGUUCAUGACUCUUGCUGAUAAAACUCUGUAGUAGGGCAAUGCUUAUAAGAUGGAUGAUCAGGCUUAUUUUAGAGCAUCUAUCCUGUGCAGAAAAAUGAAGUUGUUCUCCUCAUGGUGGUGAAACAGAUGCCUCAAUGGGAAAUCCACAGGCAGGACCUGAGCUCAACAGCAGCAAGUCUCCCCAUCUGUGAGUCCCAGAAACAGUCUGGUGCCUCACUGUCGCUCAUGGCUCUCUGCACCUCUGGAGAGAUACGAUGGUGGACUUUUCUCGCAGAAGACCUCUUCUUCAGACUAUUGCUGUACUCUUCCUUGGGUAAGGACUUCACUGCUUUCUCUCUCAAAAACAAAACAAAAACAAAAAUAAAGAAACCCCACCUAAAUGCAUGGAGGGGCACUGUGAGUUUGAUUUGUCAUGAAGGGGAAAAUUAUUGGCAAUAUUGGUUACUAGCACUCAGGGUCUCCUCUCCCCUGCUGGAACCUCCCCCUGGCUUCAAAGGAAGCUCCAACAGAAUGCUUUUGAGAGUUUUAUUGUGUGUGUAUUAUUUGUUACUGAGCUGAACUUGGGGGGGACAAUCUGCGUGUAUGAUGAUGAAGGUGUGCAGUGGAGCGAAAUAAAAGCACAGGAUAUGAUGACUGCAAGUCGACCUCGUCUCUAGGGCAGAAAUGUUUUCCUGCAGGAUUUUGUCAGUCAUUAACUAAUACAAAAUAAAUGUCAGUUAAGAGCAAGCAGUGAAUUAGAGGAGCCAACCAAUGAGCAGGAAAAGGCGACUGGGGAUCUUGGUGGAACAGAGUCAGUUGCUUCUCUGAACUCUGUAUAAACUUAUCUUGGUUUCACGAAAAAUUGUGCAUAAUUAUUUUUUCCUGAAACACACAUGCACGUGGUUUUUAUAUUGCUGCUUAGAAUAAUUUUUCACUGGGUUAGAGCUUUCUGUGUUGAGUUUUCAACAGACAUUUUGCACAGCUCUGAUUCUGCCUUGAGACUUUAUUACAACCAAGCAGUAUACAAAUCUUGUUAACUGAAAUAAAUGAACUUUUGUUCCUUGUGUAGGGAAAUUCUACUUCUUUUCACAAUUUUUCCUUGUGACAAUUACACAGAGCCCGAUGUUCCCCAAAUAUGACAAAGGGACAGCUUUGAAAAGAUUUAAGUGUUUAAUGGAUUGCUUUAUUUACAGAUGAAGUUCAGACCUCACGUUAUUUUAUUUUAAUCACCCAGACCAAUCUUCUCUCUGAGUUUUUCUUCAUCCCAGUUCCUGGACACCAGAUAGAUGCCUAUUGCUGGAGAACAAAGAGCACUUGAUUUUUGGAAUGUAACUUUGGACUUGUAACAAUGUCCUUCUCUUACAGUAAAGGAGCAAGUUGUUUGGACAGCUAAGAGAAUGUAGUAAAUGUUUUACUAGUGAGUUGGGUAUUUCCAGUGCCUCAAUGUACAAUUCAGCAACAGUUACAAUUAAUAUUGGAUAUUGUAAACUUUCUUUUAUUUAGGUCCCAAAUACCUGAGAGACUAGUUUCACCUUCCUCAAACAUUUGGGAGGAGAUCCAGCCCAGGAGAGGACCUUCUUUGUGGCAGGCUGCUAAACUGCAGAUGUCUCUCCCCACAGAGAUGCUCCCGGCACCUUCAUUGCAGAGUUUCCAUUAUAUGUUGAAGAUUCACCCUUUCACCAUACCACUGACACCUACAAUAUGAUUUUUGGACCCUCCCUCUCAAACGAUAAUGAUACUAAUUUCCCCCUUUGUUUGUAUCUCCUCCCCCACCACCUUCCCCUCACUAGAAACUUUAACCCAUGCAGUGGGGAAUCCAACACAUCAAGUGAAGGGAAUACAGGGAGGAUCAGUCUUGUUUUCUGCCAAUGUAUCUCAAGGAUUAACAGUGGAGAAAAUGGAAUGGGACUUCCGCCCACAAAGGCGUGGCCUGGGCUAUUGGCUGGGGCAAUUCAGUCAUGGGAAACUGGAGCACCAAAGUCCCACUGGCCGGUUUGGACAACGACUAGACAUGGUGGGCGAGGCAACCUUAAAGCUCAAAAACCUGGAGUUGGAUGAUACUGGAAUCUACAAUACUCGCAUCUGGUUUACUAAGGCACAUUUUCAAGAAAAGCGUUUCAGCCUCACUGUUUAUGGUAAGUUAUUGCUUUCACUGUUUGGCUCAUGGAAUAGGAUCAGCACCAUUUUGCAACAUUAGCACUGGGAGAGGUGGGACCCAAAAUUUAUGCUGUUUUCAUUUGUGUUCCACAGAGCCAGUGCCAACACCACAGAUAGACCAUCAAGUGGAAUCCAAGACUCCAGGUGGAUGCAAUGUGACCUUGCGAUGCCACACACCUGGAAGGGUAGAUCUCAGUAUCUCCUGGGAAACAGGGGGUCCACACAGGGCCUUAGGAAAGAGUGUGAAUCAGUACCAGGUUUCUGAAAAUGGCCAAGAGCUCCAUAUCUCCUUCUGGAACAGUUCUUUGGACUCCAAAUUCACCUGUCUGGUUACAAAUCCUGUUGAUCAAAAGAGAGCCUCCUUUGACUUGCUCAACAUCUGCCAGAGUGAUGAAGGUGAGCAAUAUAUCCUUUCCUUCAUUAUGCAGAGGAGGUCUUUGUGGUGGCGAAAAGGCAGGCUAGCCCUUAACAUGAGGGGUUUGGGGAGAUGUGUUUGUAUUAAUAAAUGCUGCUUUUUGAGUGCUUGUGAGCAGAAAUGGAGCAUACACAGAGCUCCUUGAAGACUGAUCUGAUCCUGUGAAUUGCUGCUGCUGCCCCCAUCUUCACCUUUUCCUGCCUUAAGAAAUGGAUUCAGAGCAGGAAAGUGUUUCCGACAGGCAUUCACAGCCCAAAUCAUUGCAAUACAAAGGGGAAAGAUUAGAAACACUUGCUUAUCUCUUGCUAUUUAUUCUACUGCUCUCAGCCAGGUGUGAGCAUGAGGCUCUGAGUCUUGGGAUCAUGGGAUCAAGCCACAUCUUGGGCCAAAGAUUCCUGCAACGCAGAGGGAUGGACUAGAUGACUCUAGUUGUCCCUUCCAACUCUACAAUUCUAUGAUUCUGUGAGACGCAUUCUGGCAAUUGUUAUUAGAGUAUGUUUUGAGAAACUCUUAUUGUUCAUUGUGUGGGAUAUAAAGCUGUCAGUCAAGGCCAACAUUCCAAGAGUCCUAACUGCCUCUGGGUGGCAGGCAGUUUUGUCACUUGGUUGGUCAGUUGCUGCUAGGAGUGUUAACUGGUAACUGCUUGGAUGCAGUCUUCUCAUGGCUCACUCCAAUCUAGUAUAUAGUUUAUCUGUUAUGUAACCUAAGCCUGCCUUCAGGAACAACUCUGUAUACCUGAAUGAAUCUGAAAGUAAAGUAGUCUAUGUUAAUAUGAUUCAGAUUCAUGUGUGUUUUCUUUAAGAGGGACAGAAAGGGAUUAGCAACCAGGAAGGUAUAAUUAUUGAUAGGACUCAAACAAGUUAGCAACCUGCAUAAACUCAGACAAGGGAUCCUUUAUACUCUGCUAAAUAAUAUAAACAUUCCCACACAUUGUAGGUGGACAGUUUGGACCCUCGAGUUGGAGACCAUGGCUUCUCCCUUCCCUCAUAUUUCUUAUGGUGAUGGUGAUGCUGAUGGUGAUGGUGAAGGUGAAUUGGAUGCACUGGAAGAUCGGAUUGGAAAGGCAUAGAAGAGGUAGGACCAUCUCUAUUGAUCUUCCCAUCUCUCCUGAGAUGGGGACUUCCUGCCAAAUAUACCUCUACCUUUCUUCUGCUUAUCCUGAGAGGCAGAGACUGGUCAGUGCCAUGGACUCAAUAAUGUGUCUCAUUUCGCACUCCACAGAUAUUCACUCUGAUGCGAGAGAAAGAGAAGAGUAUCCAGAGCUCAGGUGCCACAGAAUAUUGUCGGUGAUGAUGAGGUGCGAUGAUUGGUGUGCAAAGUAAUGAUGGGGUGAUUGUUUUUAUCUACCAAUGAAAUCAUCUGAUACAUUUGGGAGGCAUUUAUAACAUUUGGGAGGCCUCUUCUUUCCCUGCAUGCCCACCAGCUGCGCCCCGCCAACUAUAUGGCGGGCAUUCAGCUUCCUUCCCAAGCCUCUGCAGGAGGAGAGCGAUCCUCACAGAGCUCCCAAGCCUUUGCAUCUGCUAAAGACGGCCCUGAUCCCAGUUGUUGUCCUCCUGCUUCCUGGCAAAAGGCAGUGUGCAGACUUUCCAGGCUGCCUUCCUGGGUGCCCCAACACUGGAGUGCAUGUCCACCAGCACGUUUUGCUGCUUGAUCGCUGCCAGCAUGCCAGGGAUCAGGGCGGUGGGGGAGACAGAGGAUAUUUUCCACCGCCCCCUCCCUUGUUUUGGAGUUGCCAGGGGGGGUGACAGAGGGAUCUUUGCACCACGGCGCCUGAUAUGCUUAAGACGGCCCUGAGGCAGCACGCCAGAGCGAGAGAGGCUUAUCUCCCUCUCACUGUGUGUAAGACUCCCAUUUCUACUCCUCUCAGCUUCUCCUCCCUCCUCUUCAGAUCCUCGCUGUCUUUCAAAAUGGGAAUGUCCCUGACAUUUUCAUUGAGACCAAUAAUUGUUAUUUGGAUUGAAAAAAACAAAAACAGGCCAGUGACCCAAAAAGACUUAACCAAUUGAUUAUGGCACAAGGGGAGGCAGGCAGCUUGUGCCAAGAGCCUGUUCCCAUCAGUGGAACAUCCAUGCCCGGUUAAAGUGAACAGAAUUGAACCCACCGCUCUCCUAAUAGUGAAUGAAGAAUUCAGGCCUCUGGCUGCAGGGCUCUGCUGCCCACAUCCUUCCCCCAGUGAACCCAACAGGAUUGCGCUCUUCCCUCACCAGCUGUUCUGGACUCUUCCCAAAAUACUAAUUUUAUCAUUGAUAAUAACUGAGUGCUGGAGAGUGGAAAUGACAUACUUUUGUCAAUUCAAAAUGGGCAAUUACACCCGCUCCCUUAUGGACUUAGUUAUGGCAAGUUCUCCAGGAGGCCGUGGAACUAGAAAGCUAGCCCUAAAGCUGGAACAGAGGUGCAGGGAAGAUGCUUUUAGGCAAAUUGGUAUCCCUUCUUGGAGAACUCUGGACUUGGACAGGACUUUAAUUUUCUUCAGGGUUCAGGUGGGCCCAAAUGCCCAGAAAUUCUUUUAGAAGUUGCAUCCCCAGAGUUCCUCCUGACAUAUUUUCUCUCCAAUGCAGAUUGAACACUGAAUCCCACAGACCAACCCUGCAGGUUGACUCAGAGAAGGAGGAAUUCUCAAGCUGUUCCACGCUAUCCAGAAAAUGCUUUCCUUCUCUCACUUCUUGUACAGUCUCAGAAACAGAGCCCUCAGAGAUUGAAGAUUGCAUGAGAGGUCAGGCACAUCUCCAGGAGCCCCUGCUGAGGAAUUCACUGAGGGUCCCUCAGGAGAAAGACCCAUUGCUGAUCUCUCAAUGCUGCCAGUUGAGCCAGAACUACAGCCUACCCAGCAGCCUUCAACACUGGCCCCAAAGGUCUUGUGACCAGGACAAAGAGCAACAUACCAAAACUUAUCCUGCGACUAUAGUUGGGGUCUCCUUGAAUGCAAGGAGUCCCAGAAAUGCCUUCAUCACCAGUCGCAAACAGAGUAUAUAAGACAAUCCUCUUGAGCUUUACUGUUGCUGGAAACAGCACAGGUCUCUGGCUUCUUCAACCUAGGUGCCUUGCCUUGCCUUCCCUCUCUUUUCCUACUGAGCUUGGACUCCUUCCAUGUAGACUGAAGGUGUAAAUGGGUGAAUAAACCCUAUUUCUUAAAGCUACAGCAGCCUCUGCUGUGUCUUCCAUUCUCCAAAGGAACACAGACCCUCUUUGGGUGCCUGGGAUCCCAUGUACUCUUGCCUCAACUGGGUACUGGACUUUUGCAACAAUACAUUGGACUGGAGCACAAGGUUGUUUUCACUCAUUUUGGGUGACGUGAGGAUAUUUAUAGUAAGAGUAAUAAAAAGAAAUAGUUAUUUAGGGGAAUUGCAUUUAAUUCUAAAUUAUAUUCCGGAAACGUGGAAGAAUUCAAGGGGUUAAAAAAAAUUGAUGUACCGUGCUAUAUUAGAAGCAAAAUAACUUGUUUUGAUGAAUCGGAAGAACCGCAAAAAGAUUCCAUUGAGCACAUGGAUUGAUAAUGUGGACAGAUUAGCUACAUACGAACGAAUUAAGCAAUAAGUCAGAUAGCAGUGGGAAGUGGAGGGAGGAGAGGGAGGUGGGAAAAUAAUGUUAAAAAUGUGUAGUCAUAGGUAUAUCUUUGUAUUCAAAUCUGAUUGUCAGAUUGUGUUAUUAUUGUUAAUAUGUUUUUUGUUGCAUGUGUCUUUUGCGUUGUUGUUUGUAUCGAAAAAACGUUUAAAUAAUCUUUUCCAGAAAAGGUUGUUUUCACUCUACUCCCUGGCAAAACAAAGAGAUUUUCUUUUGGGAAGGAGACAUAUUUUCCCUACCAGGGAGACUAAAAAGGAGCGAGGCAAAUAUUUAACAGCAGCAGAGUGAGGGUGCUUGUCUGGUGUCAAUAAGCAGGGAGUUCCAAAGAGUAGUGCUGCCAACACUGAAAGAUUGAUCCCUUGGAAGUGCAAAGCAAACAUUGUGACAUUUAUACAUGAGCCAGUUCUUCUUGCUCUUUGGUUCCAUCUUUGUUUUGUUCUUUCUUUGCUUCUUCUCCUUACCCAUUAUCUGACUGUAGGAUGUGGUUGUGGUCUCCGAUGAGGGAGGAGAGGGAGAGUUUGUGAGAAGCUUGAACGUGUAUUUUGUCUUAAAGCAGAGACGUUCUCCAGGUGUCAUGUUUCAAAAGGAGAGAGAUUUUGUUUUAUUUUCACUAAUGUUUGCAUUGCUUUGUGCACUUUAUGAUUGAUGCAUACAAAACAUUCAUGCACUGAUGUGCACACGUUUUCCCAGUACAUGCAUGUUUGUACAUAUUAAUCACUGGCGAACAGCAAAGCAAAAUUCAGACCAGUGUGGAUUUCAUCUGCCAUGAAUGGUUUAGCUAAGAUUCCUACAUUGAAGGGGGUUGGACUAGAUGCCCUUGGGAGCCCUUCCAACUCUACCAUUCUAUGAGUCAAACAAUAUGCUAAAAGAAUCAGGGGUUACUGAACACAGAUACAGAACUAGUAAUGCCUCAUGUUGUCAUAGCGUAAAAGAGAAGACCUGCAACCGAAAUUUCCAAAUUUCUGUGUGGGCACCUGGUGCGCAUUUCUCAUUUUUAGCUCACAGUUUUCUUGGCCUGCAUGACUAUCAAUUACUUCGCACUAUUUCCCUCUUAGAGGGAGCUUUGGGGAGAAACUGCAAUUCUCCUCCUCCCCCACAUUCCACAUCCAGAAACACACUUCCGCAGAGAAGCAAACGCUUUUGUGCAGUCGUUUCCUCUUCAGAAUGUUGCUGUACUUUGCCCUGGGUAAGUCGCCCUCUGUUUGUCCUGAGGAGCAAUAAGACCUGUGGCACAGCAGCUGUGGAAGAGACUGAGCAUUGCUGUCCUCCUCAACAUUUGCCUACUGCAGUUGCCAGACUCCUCUGGAGAAGGAUAUGGGAGCCAGCUGUAUGCCAUCUUCCCCUCCUCUCUGAACUGUAUUUAAGUCAGGCUGCUUGGAGAGUAGCCAUACCAGUGCCAGAAACUUCAUUGUCCGUUAAUUCUUGUAUUGUUUUGUAUCCAUGUACUUAAUCCUCCAUUUUUUUGUGGGGUGGGGGCAGUAAUAUUGAUUUUAUUCUGUGUUUGCCAAAUUGUUUAUUUCUGUCAUGUUUUUAAAAUUUGCUGUCAUAUUCUGUAUUUUGUACAUUUGUAUUUCCAGUGUUCUAUUGUUGUUUUUAUGAUUUGAAUGUUUGCUGUCAGCCACUUUGGGCACAGCUCAUUGAGGAACAGAUGCAUGUAAAUAAACUCAAUCAAUACCAAUCAAGAGGACAGUAACUGAAACAGCUGAUCUUGGUUACCAGCACCCAGUUCCUGGAGAGGGUGGGGCAAUGACAGAAAUCUUUGUUACUGAGCUCAGUUUGUAGGACAAUCUGCCUGACUGAAAGGUACAAGAGUAAAAGGUACUAAGGAGGAGGCAGUGCCAGGGCUCGUUGAAAGUGAAAAAGAAGACAGGUGGGGACUGGCUAAGGUAUGGUUACCAGACGUCCCCAUUUCCCAGAAACAGCCCCCUGAAUUACAAAUCUUUCCCCGGACAAAAUCUGUCCCCAGAAUGUCCCCAGAUUUCAUUUAAUGGAUUUAUAUUUUAAUUGUUGUAGAUUUAUUCGUAGGGAAUGAAUGUUGGGUGAUUGAUUCAAUGGCACAAGACAAAGCAUAUGGGGACUUCUGGCAAGGCAAAAUGGCGGGCGCCACAGCAGCGAGGAGCUCCUGAAGCCAGCCAGAGCCAACUGCGCUACCAGGCUGGCUCUGGGCUGCUGAGACUGCCACCACCUCCGAGGGGGAAUCAGGGAUCACCGGUGGAUCAACUGGGAGAACAACUGACAUGCACACACACCCUACAACCCAAAUUGAGCCAGGAGCGAGAGUGCCUGGCCACCCAGCCAACUACCCAGCGGUGCUCUGGGGCCAGGAAAAACCCAGAGCCGAUGCAGGGAGAAGGAGGAGAGUAGAAGAAGGAAGAGAGAGGAAGAGGAAGGAGGAAAAAAAGAGGGGAGCCCUGACCUUGCUGCACCGCUACUGCCGCCGCCACUAGGGAGGAGAGAUAGGAGAGCACUGGGAGGGCAAGGACACAUGGCUGAGCACAGGUCUGACCUGAGCCGACUCCAUGGCGGCUAGCGCUCCAAGAGAGCAGGCCAGGGCCCAGAGGAACACCGCACAACAGAGGAGACCACAGAAGAGAAGGUAUUACUUUAAAAAAAAAAAAAAAAUAUCACUUUUUUUUUCUCUUUUCAAGAAAAAAAAGUGUCCCUAGAUUCUUACAAAAAAACCCUGGUAACUUUAGGCUAAGGACGGGCUGAAGCUGGCAAAGGCAGUGCCCCACUCAUCCUUAGGGAACAGUCUCUACUGCUGCUGUUGUAGUUGCUGCUGCACAUUUGCAACUGUUUCUCUCCUUUGCAAGGGUUUUUCAAGACUCUGAAAGAUUGGUGGUCUCCAGAUGUGGGUGAGAAUCAAACACCUGUUCUAAACAUAAACAUUUAACAGGCACACAGGAAGGUGUUUAACAACAAAGAAGCUCUCACCCUGAGCUCACACACUCUUUCUCCUCCUCCGCUGAUCCUUCCUGGUUUAUAAGGGGAGGACGAAAGAGCAGGGAAAGGAGGAGUCAGAAAAAAGGAGGAGAAGCACAGUUUUGCCUGGAUGAGAAGGGGAGGGAGAGCGAGCACAGACAGCCUUGCUGGUUUGAAGAGGAGGAUCUGAUUUGCUGGGAAGCGAGAGGAAGGAAGUAGCCGACCGUUGUGUUCGCAAGUUCAUGACUCUUGCUGAUAAAACUCUGUAGUAGGGCAAUGCUUAUAAGAUGGAUGAUCAGGCUUAUUUUAGAGCAUCUAUCCUGUGCAGAAAAAUGAAGUUGUUCUCCUCAUGGUGGUGAAACAGAUGCCUCAAUGGGAAAUCCACAGGCAGGACCUGAGCUCAACAGCAGCAAGUCUCCCCAUCUGUGAGUCCCAGAAACAGUCUGGUGCCUCACUGUCUCUCAUGGCUCUCUGCACCUCUGGAGAGAUACAAUGGUGGACUUUUCUCGCAGAAGACCUCUUCUUCAGACUAUUGCUGUACUCUUCCUUGGGUAAGGACUUCACUGCUUUCUCUCUCAAAAACAAAACAAAAACAAAAAUAAAGAAACCCCACCUAAAUGCAUGGAGGGGCACUGUGAGUUUGAUUUGUCAUGAAGGGGAAAAUUAUUGACAAUAUUGGUUACUAGCACUCAGGGUCUCCUCUCCCCUGCUGGAACCUCCCCCUGGCUUCAAAGGAAGCUCCAACAGAACGCUUUUGAGAGUUUAAUCGUGUGUGUAUUAUUUGUUACUGAGCUGAACUUGAGGGGGACAAUCUGCGUGUAUGAUGAAGGUGUGCAGUGGAGCGAAAUAAAAGCACAGGAUAUGAUGACUGCAAGUCGACCUCGUCUCUAGGGCAGAAAUGUUUUCCUGCAGGAUUUUGUCAGUCAUUAACUAAUACAAAAUAAAGGUCAGUUAAGAGCAAGCAGUGAAUUAGAGGAGCCAACCAAUGAGCAGGAAAAGGCGACUGGGGAUCUUGGUGGAACAGAGUCAGUUGCUUCUCUGAACUCUGUAUAAACUUAUCUCGGUUUCACGAAAAAUUGUGCAUAAUUAUUUUUUCCUGAAACACACAUGCAUGUGGAUUUUAUAUUGCUGCUUAGAAUAAUUUUUCACUGGGUUAGAGCUUUCUGUGUUGAGUUUUCAACAGACAUUUUGCACAUCUCUGAUUCUGCCUUGAGACUUUAUUACAACCAAGCAGUAUACAAAUCUUGUUAACUGAAAUAAAUGAACUUUUGUUCCUUGUGUAGGGAAAUUCUACUUCUUUUCAGAAUUUUUCCUUGUGACAAUUACACAGAGCCCAAUGUUCCCCAAAAUAUGACAAAGGGACAGCUUUGAAAAGAUUUAAGUGUUUAAUGGAUUGCUUUAUUUACAGAUGAAGUUCAGACCUCACGUUAUUUUAUUUUAAUCACCCAGACCAAUCUUCUCUCUGAGUUUUUCUUCAUCCCAGUUCCUGGACACCAGAUAGAUGCCUAUUGCUGGAGAACACAGAGCACUUGAUUUUUGGAAUGUAACUUUGCACUUGUAACAAUGUCCUUCUCUUACAGUAAAGGACCAAGUUGUUGGGACAGCUAAGAGAAUGUAGUAAAUGUUUUACUAGUGAGUUGGGUAUUUCCAGUGCCUCAAUGUACAAUUCAGCAACAGUUACAAUUAAUAUUGGAUAUUGUAAACUUUCUUUUAUUUAGGUCCCAAAUACCUGAGAGACUAGUUUCACCUUCCUCAAACAUUUGGGAGGAGAGUCAGCCCAGGAGAGGACCUUCUUUGUGGCAGGCGGCUAACCUGCAGAUGUCCCUCUCCACAGAGAUGCUCCUGCACCUUCAUUGCAGAGUUUCCAUUAUAUGUGGAAGAUUCACCCUUUCACCAUACCACUGACACCUGCAAUAUCAUUUUUAGGCCCCUUCCUAUUACGUUUUAAUGCUGCAUUUUAAAUUGUUGUCACCUCCUCUGGGACCUCAUGAUGGAAGAUGGAUAAGGAGCUCAAAACAAUAAUGAUACUAAUUUCCCCCUUUGUUUGUAUCUCCUCCCCUACCACCCUCCCCUCACUAGAAACUUUAAGGCAUGUAGUGGGGAGUCCAAACCAUCAGCUGAAGGGAAUGCUGGGAGGAUCAGUCUUGUUUCCUGCCAAUGUAUCUCAAGGAAUAACAGUGGAGAAAAUGGAAUGGGACUUUUACCCCCAAAGUGGUAGCCUGGGCUUUUGGCUGGGGGAAUUCAGUCAUGGGAAACUGGAGCAACAAAGUCCCUCCGACCGGUUUGGACAACGGCUAGACAUGGUGGACGAGACAACACUGAGGAUCAAAGACCUGGAGUUGGAUGACAGUGGGAUCUACAAUGCUCGCGUCUGGUUUACUAAGUCACAGUUUCAAGAACAGAGUUUCAGCCUCACAGUUUAUGGUACGUUAUUGCACUUCAAGGCCCCCAGGAUCCCACCCCCUUGAAAUAACUUCACACUGACACUUAUUUUAGCUUUUGGGCAAAUUUUGGCCGCAACUUUAUUCAAUUCAACCAUGUGAGCGGUAUUGGCUUAGGCAUUGGCUCCAAACUAUAGCUGACUCCACCUUUCUGAUUGGUAGUCUAAAAGGGUAAACCAAACGAGGGAGCGACAUCGAUGAAGAGCAACUGAAGCUCACCCCAGGGUUCCUGGGGUCCUGGCAUGGCCCUAGCCCCCCAAGCAGACUUUGGACAGGAUCCAAAUACCCUGUUCCUGGAGGGGCAGGUGAUGGCCGCACCUCCCCUCCCCACAUUUCAAUGAGCCAAUGCCUAACCGCCGCCUUGCAAGUUGUGACGAUUGCUGAGGGGGUAGGCGAAAACCAAGUGGCUAUAGCCAAUGUGCCAAAUGGAAAAAUUCCUACCCAACCCCUGUUCCAAAACAGGUGACCCAAACCAAAGCAAGGCCAAAGUGACACUGCCUAACACAAGGGAGCGAGGGCGGGUGUUCGGAAACGCAAAGCAAGUGCCCCCAAUUACAUCAUGCUGUCAUUCUUAACAGCCCCUGGGAUCAUGCCACCUCCAGGCGAUUGGCCCAGUCAGCCUGGCAUGAUCCCAGGGCUAUGGCUAGGGCUUGGGUUACACCUCUCCAACUAAAUUAACCCUUGGUGUGCCUUGAGUGCCCGUGCACAACCAGGACCCUCAAUUAGGAGGAUCCCAUUUGCUUUCACCGUUUGGCUCAUGGAAUGGGAUCAGCACCAUUUCCCUACAAAGGUACUGGGAGGGGUGGGACAAAACCCUUGUGCUGAUUUCAUUUGUGUUUCACAGAGCCAGUGCCAGCACCACAGAUACACUUUCAGGAAGUCUCCCAGACUUCGGAGGGAUGCAAUGUGACCCUGCAGUGCCAGGCACCUGGAAAGGAAGAGUUCAGUAUCUCAUGGAAAGAGGGAAUCCGCCCAGGGCAUUAGGAAACAGCGUGUAUGAGUAUCAGCUUUCUGACAAUGGAAGGAAUCUCCGUGUUUCCUGGCGAAAAGACUCUUCGGACUCGGCAUUCACCUGCCUGCUUACUAAUUCAGUUGACCAAAAGAAUGCCUCCUUUGACUUGCUCAAAAUUUGCCCAGGUGAUGAUGGUGAGCAAGUGUGACCUAGUCAGUGUAUGGAGGAAUAGCUGCUUUUAAGUGGGAUAGUUCAGCUGGUAGAGCAUGAGACUCUUAAUCUCAGGGUUGUAGCUUUGAGCCCCAUGUUGGACCAAAGCUUCCUGCAUUGCAGGGGGUGGGACUAAACGACCCUCGUAGUCCCCUCCACCUCUACAAUUCUGUGAUUUGUAGAAAUGGUUGAGUUGCGUUUUGCUUCCUGGGUAUGUGAUCUUCUGAAUCUCUGUGUUUUACCUUAUUUUAUCAUAAACGAAUUGGGCAAUUGUUGGUUGCAAUACAGUUUGUAAAUGAAAAAUAAAAAUAAAACGAUAGGGGGAAAUGAAAUGCAAACCGAAAUGAUGGACCUAAACUCUGUGACAAAGAAAUCCAAUAAAGUCAAUACAAAUGGAACAGACUGGCACAUUUGCUUAGCCUUCCAAGUCAUGCAGGAAGGUCACUUUGGUGGUUGUUAUUCGAGAAUAUUUCAAGAGACUCUCUUUACACAUUGCAGGUGCACAGGUCGGACGCCAGAGACAUCACAUUAUCUUCACUGCAGUUGUCAUGUUGCUGAUCAUCAUGGUGGUGCCAGUGAAGUGGAUGUGGAUGAGGAGGAAGCGUAAAUCCAAAAAGAAGGAAAGAGGUAGGGCCAUCUCUUUCAGUCUGGUUCCUGCCUCACCUGGGAUGGAGGCUGCUUGUCAAAUACACCUUUACUUUACUUUUGCUUAUUUUGAGAGGCAGAAGUGGGUCCAUGCCAUGGAAUAAAUAAUAUGUCUCUUCAGAUAUUCACUCAUUGAUACUAGAGGACUUAGAGAGCUCUUCUGCACACCGGAACUCAGCAAGAAAUCCACAACAAGAUGGUGAUAAUCAGGUGAGAUGAGCUCGUGAAGUGGUGAAGGGAUGAUGGUUCAAUCUAAUAAUUAUACACACAAAACAGAUUACCAGCAGGCAAGAAGACUAAGCCACAGCUACCGCUCUCCAUUACCCAACUCACUGAUCAACAGGUUGGUUGGUUGGUUGGUUGGUUGGUUGGUUGGUUGGUUGACUGAUUGAUUGAUUUAAAUUUAUAUCCUGCCCAUCUGGCUGGGUUUCCUCAGCCACUCUGGGUGACUUACAACAUAUACAAAAACCCAACAAAGCAUCAAAUAUUGGGGGGAAAUCCUAUACAAGCAACCAACAAACCAAUAAAUCAAUAGAAACCACCACCAACAACAAUAAUAACCAACAGUUUGCAGUUACAGUGGUACCUCGGGCUACAGAUGCUUCAGGUUACAUACGCUUCAGGUUACAGACUCCACUAACCCAGAAAUAGUACCUCGGGUUAAGAACUUUGCUUCAGGAUGAGAACAGAAAUCACAUGGCGGUGGCAGCGGGAGGCCCCAUUAGCUAAAGUGGUACCUCAGGUUAAGAAUACUUUCAGGUUAAGAGCGGACCUCCAGAAUGAAUUAAGUUCUUAACCCGAGGUACCACUGUAUACCCAAAUUAAAGUAACUGCCACCUCCAACUAAACAUUUAACCAACACCAACCCAACACAAAUGAAACAGAGGAACCAAAAUUAGAACCGUUUAGAACAUUUUAGAACAUUUUAGCCAGUUGCCCCAAUCCAAGAAUUGUUCCAGCAAUGUCCCAGUGGCCUCCCAGGACCCUCUUUUAGCUGUUCAAGGUGAGUCUGGGCCCCAUUCCCUAGGCCAGGGGGAAAUGGGAAAUUUAUUAUGGCAUAAGGCAGGGGUAGGCAACCUAAGGCCCAGGGACCGGAUCUGGCCCAAUCGCCUUCUCAAUCCGGCCCGCAGACGGUCCGGGAAUCAGCAUGUUUUUACAUGAGUAGAAUGUGUGCUUUUAUUUAAAAUGCAUCUCUGGGUUAUUUAUAGGGCAUAGGAAUCCGUUCAUUUUUUUCUUCAAAAUAUAGUCCGGUCCCCCACAUGCUCUGAGGGACGGUGGACUGGCCCAUGGCUGAAAAAGGUUGCUGACCCCUGGCGUAAGGCAUUAUAAUGACAUUUCACCUGUAUUAUGGCAUAGGUUUUUGUGAACAAGAAUCCAGUUCAUAUAAUUCAUGAAGGAGAGGGAGGCAGCCUCUGAAAAGAGCCAGUUCCCAUCAGGGGAACAUGCAUGCACAGUCAAACUGAGCAGGAUUAAACCCUUCUCUCGCCCACUGAUGAGCAGAGCAUUUGAUCCUUCUGGCUGCAGGAUUCUGCUUCUUCACAGCGAAAGGUGCAUAUAGAACAGUUUCCAACAGGAUUGCAGUCUCCACUCAGCAGCUACUCUGGGUGCCUUCUAAAAUGCUAAUUGUAUCAUCAAUUCCAACUGGAAUAUGAAACAACAAGUGAGACAUGGACCUUGACUUUAAAAAUGUCACUGCCAGCAGAUGCAAACUGCCUCCUUUUGUCUGCUAAAAAUGGACAACUACACCCCAACUUAGCGUGAGUGAUCCAGGAACCUGUACAACCAAAUGCUAACCCAAAAUGAGUGGAAAUAUUGUAUAGAGAAGGUGUCUGUGAUCUUUCUUAGGGCACCAUUGGGCUUUGCCAGAACCCCUUUCUUCCCCAAGUUUAUUUAGGUGGGUACAAAUCCUCAGUGACAUUUUAAAGUAGCUGCAUCUGAAUCUCUCCUGUCAUGUUCUAUAGCUGAUUCUGGUUCUCUCUGCUCCUGCAGGUUUUCUGGGACAGAACGGAAGUUUCAACGAGUUCCCCACCACCCUGGAAAUCCUGUCCUUCUGUCUGUUCUGACUCUGUAUCAGACCCAGAAUCUUCAGGGAAUGAAGCCAAGGACCUGGAGGAGAAGGCACCCCUCUUGAAGACGGUGCUAGAGAUCCCAUUAAGGGACCAUCAGGGGAGAGAACCACCAAAGACCCCUCCUGGCCAUCAGUACUGGCGGAACCAUACAUACCCCAACACAAAACAGUGCCGGCAACGGCGCCUGGAUUCCAUUGUUCAAUUAACUGGACAAGGGUCAAAGCUGCCAACUAAGUAUAUUAAUUAA